AGCAAGAGCGGCGGCUGGAGACGGAGGCGAGGGAGGCAGCAGGCGGGGAGCGAACGGCGGGCAGGUACAGCCGGGAUCCGCGCAAAGUGCCGAGGGGUUGGGGGGACCCGGAGGGGAGGAAGGAAGGGGGGCAUCACCCCACACAUGGCCGCCCCACUCCCCCUCCGUCGCUUUCGAGCAACAAGGAAGGCAAAGAAAAGGGUGGUUUGGUCCUGCGGGGGGGAUGGCGCGGGAUCCCCCUCCCUUCCCUGGGGUCUUUGCUAGACAGGGCGGGGGAGCCCCUGCCUGGGUCUGUGCCAGCAGCAGACGCCCCAUCUGUUGCCCCCACCCCUCUUUUGUGGUGGCGCUUCUUGCACUGCUCGCCCCCCUCCGCCGGCUCUUUUAAGCCCACCGUUCAGGGAGGUUCCUCGCUGGUUUUUCUCUCCGGUUUGCGAAAGGGGCUUCCUAGCAAGUGGGCGGCCGUCACAGGAAGGAAGCGGGGCCGGGAGAAGGGGGGAGGCGAAACGAACAGGUAAGGGAAUAGGGGCGAGAAUGCCAAGUCAGAGAAGAGAUGGCACCAGCUGGGUGUGUGUCUGGGUGGAAGAGAUCAACUCUUUCCUUCUUCCCCGCCACACAAUGAUUGGGUUCCUUACCCUGGAAGAGCCCGAUCCCGAGUGGAGGAGCCUGGCUAACGCCCAUCACACUCCAGCUGGGCUUGACUUGCCUGUGUGUGUGUGUAUUGGGGGGGGGGUCGCUUAGUAGGUAACAGAGACAUCACCUCGCUGGCCCCUGAUCUGGCGAUUCUACGCGAUUUGCCGGUGGACUUGUUUGCAUCUGGUUCUUUGCUUUUGUUAAAACGAAAAACACCCCCCCCCUCCCGUCUCGUCAUUCCUGGAACCAAAAAAAAUUAGGCAUUUGUACUGGAGGAAUUUCCAAGCAUGUUAUCUUAGCGGGGCUGGUGAGGAUGCGGAUUCUGCUGGAAGGGCCAGAAUUCCUCCUGCUAUACCUUUAUGAUGGCUGUUUGGAGUUCAAGGGAGUGGGUUUCGCGAGGAGGGGUCUCCAAGCUCUGGGAAUUGGGUCAACUUGAUUGAUGGUGGUGUGUUCUGGAAUGGAAGAGAGGAAGGAGCUCUAGGCUCUCAUGUACCUUUAAUUGAAUGCAUUGCUUUUUUAGAAAAAGGAGAAGGGGAAAAAGAGCAUUUCCUUAUUUUGUUAAUCCCCACAAAAGAUCUGAGAGUGAAAUCCAAUUGUUCCCAUUUUGCAGAGUGGGAAAACUGAGAUUAGGCUUACCCCUAGAGGACCUAUGCCUGUGAUGUUGUUUUGAACCCUGGUUUCCGAGGCCCAGUGUUGUAUUUGAUGGACAACUCUGAAAUGUGUGUGUAACAGGUUGGUCUCUCUCUCUAUUGGCAGGAAGAUUGGUUGAUCCCAGACUGUUCCUCCUACUUGUGCUUCCCUCCCUGGUUGCGGGCGUAAUAAUGUGUUGGGUCUUAGAAUGGUUAUGGUUGCUGUUCCACCCAGUGCUUCUUCCAGGCCUCUUUCUGGGAGGGGUCUGCUUAUAAUUCAUGCCUGUUAAGGAGGGAAAAGUAGACAAAAAGGCAUUGGGGAGGGGGAGAAGCUUGGUAUGUGGGAUGGGAGAUUUCUCUCUCCUUCCUGUGAGGUGGAAGAUUGAGAGGCUGAGCAUUUGGGUUGGGGGGAGAGGAGGAGAAAUGAAAUAGCUUGUUGGAGGAGCUAUAUCAAUGAAGAGCGAACCCAGCGGUCUGUGGUUUGCUUGGGUUGCAGAAGGUUGCAUUGAAUGAAAAGGGGGGGGUGUAUGCACAUUGGUUAGGAUAUUUGGAGCGAGAGGCUGAGAGGCUGGUGGGUACUGAUGUUAUGAGGUGGUCUGCUGUGGGGCCACCAUCGUGGGUGGGGCUGAUUCAGUGCCUUAGUGUGGUGGGAAGGGACAAGGUGGCAGCGGGAAGCCACUGGAAUGUGUGUAUCGGCAGCAGGAGUGUGUAAAGAUGUGAUUGUAUAUUACACUUAUUUAUUGCAGUAUAGGGUUUGCAUGUUUGUUCCAGUUCAGCUGAAGAAUGGGGGGCAAGGUUGCUGGGUGACCCUUAAUUUUGGGGGGGGAUCCCUUCCCACCACACUCAAUAGAAACCACAGAAACAUAGUUUCUCCAUGCCCACAUACAGCUCCAUAUACAUCCCUAUUUUUAAGUAUGCUCAGUAGUCUAAGUAGAUGACACUGGGCUAGGCGGACUGAUGAUCUAAUUGGCGUCCCUCACUAUGUAAGCUAAGGUGGGGGCACUUGCAGGCUUUGUGUGUGUGUGUGUGUGUGUGUGUGUGUGUAUUACAGUUCUGUGAUCUGUGGGCAAGAAGUACAAAAUAGCAUGGGAAGUUGGGUAGGGAUAUUGGGAGGUGUUACUGUGUAAUAGGUGUAGAUUCGAAGCUGUGUGUCUGCAUUAUCUAGAGCUACUGUGUUCUCUAGAUUAGACUCUAUGAUAAAUUCUGCAAGUCUCUAUCAACAAAGAGUUUUGUAGUUCCUUUAAGACUAACAAAUUUGUCUUAAAAGCGUUGGUCUUUCAGGUGCCACAAGAUAAUGGUUUUGGCUGCAGAAGACUAGCACAGCUAUCCCUGUGGGGAAGUACCAUCACAGGGUGUUAGGCUCAAAACAAGGCUAUAACAUCAAAGUGUAGAGUAGCUCUUUAUUUCUCUCCAUUUUAAAAACAUUUUCUUAGGAGAAACUGAUCUGUGUUUAUACCACACCUUAGAAUAGUGCUUGGUAGGGCCUCUGGGAAGCAGGUAAAAUUGCUUCAUCAGCCAGCCUUUGCCCACGGCUACCAGUUUGCCCAUUCCUGCUUUAAUGCAUACUUUAGCCACCAGUUCAUACUUGCAGCCAGUGGUAAAAGGAUAGAUUUGCAUUGCUUGCUAAUGGCUGGAGCCAUUGAAUUUGUAAGUGUGGGGAUAGUACCGUAUGUGUUCACCUGAAGUGUGAAAACUCUGAUCUUGCAUAUGAAGGGCAGGAAGUGACCACAAACGUUUUCAGAGAGCUGUUUUGGGGAUGGCAUAUUGACAAGUUGGGGAGAUGAAUUAAAAAAAACCCAGCGAAGCAUGGGAGCUUUCUGAAACCUGGAUGGUGUGCAACAUGCGGCUGAAGGCCUGUAGGCACAAGGGAUCUAGUUCACACACAAAACCACAGCGCUUGGUUUCUUGUUACUUCGCCUCUUUAAGCUGAAUGUGCGAUGCCAGUCUAGUGAAAAUCAUUGUGUUUGAAGUGAUGGGGAAAUGUCGUUUAUGGCCUACAGUUGGGGGUGGAAGGCAGACUGCUUGACCUACAGAAAGUCCCAUGUUCAGUCCUUACUAUCUCCAGGCAGGUCUAGGAAAGACUGCCAAACCCUGAAGAGUCUCUGCCAGUCAGUGAAAACAAGGCAGGGCUGGUUGAAGGUUGAUCUCUAUAAGGCAGCUCUCUAUUUUCCUAGCUCAUUCAGACAUGCAGAGUAUUGCCUUGAUUAUAGAAUCAUAGAAGAGUUGGAAGGGACGCAAGGGUCAUCUAGUCCAACUGCCUGCAAUGCAGGAAUCUCAGCUAAAGCAUCCAUGACAGACGGCCAUCCAACCUCUGCUUAAAAACCUCCAAGGAAGGAGAGCUCACGGCCUCCUGAGGGAGAUUGUUCCACUGUCAAACAGCUCUUACUGUCAGAAAGUUUUUCCAUAUGUCUAGUCAGAAUCUCCUUUCCUGCAACUUGAAGCCAUGGUUUCAAGUCCUCCCUUCCAGAGCAGGAGAAAACAAGCAGGAGAAAACAACCAUCUGACAGCCCUUCAGAUAUUUGAAGAUGGCUGUCAUAUCUCCUCUCUGUCUCCUCUUUUCCAGGCUAAACAUAUCCAGCUCCUUCAACCGUUCCUCAUAAGGCUUGGCUUCUAGACCCUUGAUCAUCCUAGUUGCCCUUCUCUGCACAUGUUCCAAGGUGUGCAGAUGGCUCCUUGAUGAUGGAGCCAUCAUCUACGAACCAGCCCAUAAGGCCCCAUUUGAAUAUGAGGUGAACUGGCAAGAACUUUCCAUUGAAGCAUUGCACAUGCCCAGUAGUCAGUUUAAUUGGGGCCCUGAGCAAUUGCAUGUCUUCUGUGAACAUUCUAGGGAUCUGUAGCUGAGGCAGGUUUUGCAGUGGCAUGCAGUGGCUGAGGACCCUAUGUAAAUGAGACUCCCAUUAACAUGCAGUGCAGCAUGGGCAAGUUCUUUUUGCCUGCCCGUAUCAUUUUUCAGUGAGGCCCCACAAUAUUUGUUUGGAGAUGAUGUACAUAGCAAGGAUCGGGAUGGUGGACUUGUCAUGUUCCAGCAGGUGCCAUUGUGGGCCAGUGUCCCAGUCCAGGGAGGUAUAAGACACCUAUGCAAAACACUCUCCAAGGGGAGCUGGGAUGAUGGUGCCCAAAGCAAGCUAAGCUCUGAAGCCCUAAGAAUCAGUCCAGGUUCAAAGUAUCAUUGAAAGGCAAGGCCAAGGGACAAGUCCACAGUCAAUACCAAAGGGAAUACAAGUCACAGCCUUCCUGGGGCCACAUGCCAAUGGUGGGCCAAGACAGAAGUGAAAGUGAAGGGGUAAGACGUGACCUUCGUACAGCCGCCAUGCAAAAGCCAGAAGUUUCCACACACACACAAACUUCAUGUCUCCCUCCACCCUGGCAAGCAAGAGGCAUUGCCUCAGUUCAAAGACACAUUCUCGUUAGGCAAAGCGCUUGACAAUGGUGUAGAGCAGGCCAGGGGUUGUGUGGCCCAGGGGAGGCUUAGAGGGCCACAUUUGGCCCCUGGGCCUGAGUCUGAAGCUCCUGCUGUAGAUAUUGGGUUAUUUGUGUGGAGAGAAUCCUUGGGCAUGAGAAGGGAGCCACCUCUGGUUAGUGCCAUCUUUGUUUGUUUUGUGUGACAGGUGGCAUUGCUGCCUUCAGCUUUUCUUCAUUGUUGCAGGGGUGUGUGUGUGUCUCUGUGUGUGUCUGCUUGUGCAUGUGAUGCAAGAUGCUGUGCUUGCUUCUCAAUUCUGUGGGUGCUGUUUCAUGCUGUGCAUGGCGGGUGCUAAUGAGAAGCUGCAAGGGUGUUGGAAGGAAGAAAACGAGUUCCUUGGCGGCUGUGACUCUUUACUUGGGGUGGCGGCGGGUGGGAAGUGUGGAUCUCUAGCCAAGAGGUGCUGUUACGCAUUUGCAGCCCCUUUCGGGAGGGGCUCCAGGGAGAUUUUCAGAUUGGCAUUAGUAAUUGUAAGCCUAAUUCCAGAAGACUCCCUUUAUUAGCAACCCUCCAAAUAAGUGCUACGCGACCUGGCUGCCCAAUCCUUCCUGCAUGCCUCCUGGGAGGAGAAUUCCAUUCAGUGAUGGGGUGGGGGAAUCUUUGCCCCUCCAGAUGUUGCUGGACUGUAGCUCCCAUCCACCAGUGGGGCCAGGGAGGAUGGGAGUGGCACAGUACAGUGAGAUCUGGAGGACCACACAAGUUCCUCAUUCCUGAUGUGUAGGAUGGCAGCUGAUUAUACACACAAAAACACAUAAACAUGUCAUUUCUGCUCUGCUGCUAGAGGCUUUGCCUUUUGACUGCCCAAUGUUGGACUGGUGCUUAACCACCGUUUCCUCUUCUCUUCCCUCCCCCCCACUUGCAGGCUGAAUGAGCUGCCUGUGUCUGGCCCUGCCUGACCCCAGGCAACUCCCUGGUGAUCAUGUGGCGGCUGCUGCUUAUGGCCACCACUACAGCUGUGGUCCUCCUUUCCUCGCCGCCACCUGUCCUGGGUGUGCUGUCCCCACGCGCCGCCUUCACAGUCUCGGACCUGUCCCUCACACACCUGGCUGUCCACCAUGACACGGGCGAGGUCUACCUUGGGGCCAUCAACCGCAUUCUCAAGCUCUCGGCCAACCUGACCCAGCUGCGGGCUCAUACCACGGGCCCGGUGCCCGACGACCCCCGCUGCUACCCUCCGCCCGGUGUGCGACUCUGCGCUCAUCGCCUGGCCCCCGCCGACAACGUCAACAAGCUUCUGCUGAUUGACUACGCUGGCAGCCGCUUGGUGGCCUGUGGCAGCAUCUGGCAAGGGGUGUGUCAGCUCUUGCGGUUGGAUGAUUUGGCCAAGCUGGGGGAGCCGCACCAGCGCAAGGAGCAUUAUCUUUCCGGCGGGCGCGAGCCAGACGCCAUGGUUGGUGUGAUUGUGGAGCAGCCAAGGGAGCCCAGCCAGUUUUUUGUGGGCACAUCCAUUGGGGGGCGCUCAGAGUAUUUCCCCACUCUCUCCAGCCGCCGCCUGACCCCCGACGCCAGCAGUCCCGAGAUGUUCAGCCUAGUCUAUCAGGAUGAGUUUGUCUCCUCCCAGAUCAAAGUACCUUCGGACACUCUCUCGCUCUACCCAGCCUUCGAUAUCUACUACGUUUCUGCAUUUGUCUCCGGUGGCUUUGUGUAUUUCCUCACCCUGCAGCUGGACACAGCUCAGACCCCGCUGGAGCCGGCGGGAGGCCCAGGUGGUCCGGGCGUGACUGGCGGAGAGCGGUUCUUCUCCUCCAAGAUCGUGCGCUUGUGUGCCAACGACACAGAGUUCUACUCUUACGUGGAGUUCCCGCUGGGCUGCUCCAAGGAUGGCGUGGAGUACCGCCUUGUGCAGGCUGCGCAGCUGGCCAAGGCAGGCCGCGAGCUGGCCCGGUCGCUAGGCAUCGCGGAAGGCCAGGAUGUGCUCUACGCCGCCUUUUCGCAAGGCCAGAAGAACCGCGCUGCCCCGCCCCGCGAGAGCCUCCUCUGCCUCUUCACGCUGGAUGAGGUCAACCAGCGCAUCCGGGAGCGCAUCCAGUCUUGCUACCGAGGGGAAGGCCGGCUCUCCCUCCCUUGGCUUCUCAACAAAGAGCUGCCCUGCAUCAACACGGUACGAGGCUGCGCAAUUUGGACUCCCCCCCCCCCCAGUUCCUACUUGCUAGUUUCUGUGUCUCCCCCCCCAAGAAUAGGACACCCCCUCCCCAAAAUUUUGGUGCUUGAGAGAUGUUUGGGCCUUUUCUGCCAUUCUCUCUUGGUCCCAUUUUGCCCCAGAACUCACACGUAACAGCCCAGGAAGUCUUGUUUUGGGUCUUGUGAACAAAACCUGUUACAUUUCCUCUGAAAAGUGAGGCACAAACACACUGUAGGAUAGGGGUGAGGAGCCUGUGGCUGCGUGAUGUCAUUGAACUACAAUUCCCAUCAUCUCUGACUGCUGGCUGGGGCUGAUGGAGCCCAACCUCCUCUGGAUGGCCACAGAUUCCCCAUCUCUGCUCUAGAAUAUAGGAGUUGCUGGGGAAUAGAGUGCCAUUGUGUACCCAGCUCUAGCUCUGUCGUGCAGGGAAAGGGCACCCAAUCCCGUUUGAUGUUGACUCUCGCCUCCAUGUCUCCCUGUCUCCAGCCCAUGCAGAUCAAUGGGAACUUCUGUGGGCUGGUGCUGAACCAGCCCCUAGGGGGCCUGCAGGUCAUUGAAGGGCUCCCGCUGCUGGAGGAGAAGGCUGAGGGGAUGGCCAGCGUUGCUGCCUACACCUACCGUGGCCACUCGGUUGUCUUCAUUGGAACGCGUGCGGGCAACCUCAAGAAGGUGAGAUGUUCUCCUUCGGUGUAUGGAAAAGGGGUGGGGAGGGCGAAUGUGGGAGGGCGGAAGUGGUUGUCUCCACACGAGUGUGGCUGGAUUCCCUGGUUCAGUCCCCAGCAUUUCCAGGCAGGGCUGGCAAGGAGCCUGCCUGCAAUCCUGAAGAGAUUCCUCUCGGUGUAGACAACUCUGAUUUAGGCAGCUUCCUAUGAGACAUCAUGGUCUUAAUCUGAGCUGGGUCUGUGUAAAUGAAUUAAAAUUCCUCAGAAGCCUCCCCUAAUCGGGACCAUCCUCUCUGGCACAGCUACUGUAUUUUCUAGAAGAGUUUUCUGUUACUAGUGGGGGUAUGCUAUCAUUUUACCUUCACCAGGAAAAAUAAAAAUGCAUUCUCCAACACGGUUUAUGUGGUCAGGUGGUCUCAUUUUUUCCAGAACAGAAGGGCACAUCUUGUGUAAUCUCAUUCAGAACUCCUAAGUGUCACUGUUAGAAUUUUAAACAAAAGUCAGUGUCAGGCUGUAGAAUGUGAGUGAUGCAUUGGCUGAGAUUAUAUUUUUCUGUGCAUUGUGGCCACAUAUUUUGAGUACCUCUGUCUAUGUGCUGAGUGCCCUGUUCUCAUCACUGCAGUCUCCCUAGCUGGGCUCCACACACCUGGGCUGGCAAGGGUGGAAGCAGCUUCCAGGAAAUCUUAGGCACCCGCGUGCAUUUCUUAUUUUUAAUUAAUUUCACACUUCUGGUAUCACAUCUUCCACUUGCUGUGCUGAGAGUUGGGCAAGAAAGUGCCAAGAGAAUAAAAUUAGUUCAUGCUAGGAGCUGCAUGCUCAGGAAUUGGGCCGUGCCCCAUGGGAUGCCAGGCAACUGUCCCACACCUCUCGCAAUUACACUUUGAGGUGGGGAGGGGGUUGCAGUGUGGAAACAUAUCUGGCAACAGUGGUGGUCACUGGACAGACUUCUAUUUCAUUGGAUUUCUUACUCUCCUCCUCUCCGUGUCUCAGGGCAGGAUACAACAAUAUAAAGAUACAGUAUUAAAACCAGUUAGAACAAUUUUCAAUCAGAAGAACCGGGUGGGUCCUUCUAUUUCAAGUGACAAAGGUCCAGGUAAAUUGCUGGUUACUGUCUCUCCCCCCCCCCCAAAAAAAACCAACAACAACCCAUAAGCCUUGACAUUCUAGAUCUAGCAAAAUAUUCCAGAGGGGCAUCUGAACUGGUAUGCAAUGCCCUUUCCAGUCUCUGGAACGUGUCCAGAGGAGGGCAACCAAAAUGGUCAAAGGCCUGGAAAUGAUGCCUUAUGAGGAACGGCUAAGGGAGCUGGGCAUGUUUAGCCUGGAGAAGAGGAGGUUAAGGGGUGAUAUGACAGCCAUGUUCAAAUAUAUAAAAGGAUGUCACAUAGAGGAGGGAGAAAGGUUGUUUUCUGCUGCUCCAGAGAAGCGGACACGGAGCAAUGGAUCCAAACUGCAAGAAAGAAGAUUCCACCUAAACAUUAGGAAGAACUUCCUCGACAGUGGAAUUUGCUGCCAAGGAGUGUGGUGGAGUCUCCUUCUUUGGAGGUCUUUAAGCAGAGGCUUGACAACCAUAUGUCAGGAGUGCUCUGAUGGUGUUUCCUGCUUGGCAGGGGGUUGGACUCGAUGGCCCUUGUGGUCUCUUCCAACUCUAUGAUUCUAUGAUUCUGUUUAUGGAAAACCUCUUCUCUCAACCCAACCCCCCAAGCAUUGCCUGCUGUGCAGUGGGGGUGGGAGAGAAGCCGUUGUUACUGGCAGCCCCCACCCUUUGCCAUUAGUUGCCACUUUGCAGAGGCUUGUGCCCAACAGACCUGGCGCAUUAAAUAUUAACCGGGCGGCGCAUGAGCUGGCGCACCCCUCCUCCGUCUAGCUGGGGGGGGGGGUUCCAAGUCUGAGAGAGCAGCAGAGCCAGAUGGAGAUUGUAAUUGUGCACUGUAAAAGAGCUGGAGGGGUCAGGGGAGUGUCCAGGCAUUGGGGUCGCAGAGGCUGAAGCUCAGGUAAUGUUGCCUGGUGGGGCAGAUGCGCCAGGGUUAAUCCUCCCCGCUUUUUCCACAUGUUCCAACCUGAUUUGGUUGCCUUUUGCAGCAAGUGUGCGUGGUUGGUGGGAAGGAGAUGUUGCUGGCAGAUGGGAAGCAUGCGACCUAAAGCCAUAAAUUAUCCUCAGUUAGGUUCAGGGUUCCCUUUGUCACCAGGAUGUGGCCCCAUAAUUUACUUAAGGUAACAUCUUCCAUCUCUGGAGCAUGUGAAGUCAUAAUGUGUUUCCUAGCUUGUACAGAAUGCUUUCCCCUCAUCAUCUGUCUGCAUCCCCUGCAUCUGUCCAUCUCUCUUUUUAUUUUAUGUUGUUAUUUUCUCCCUUCCUCCCUAAACAGUGCCUUGGUUGUAUGUCGGCUUUGGUUUCAGUCUCGCUUUCUUGCUCUGCCUCAGUCCUUGCCGGACAAUUUGGCUCCUUUCUUUCUCGCUCUUUGGGUUACCUACCAUUUUAAAUUGACCCAAAAGGUGGGCCUUUUCGAGGUGCAAUGUGGGUGUUUUAGCCUCCUGACUACUCUGAUUCUGGAGAAAACCCAACCCCAGCUGCCCAUUCCAGCUUUCUCUCUGUCCCGUGCUGCCUCCCACCCCCCACCAGCUGUGGGGUCAGUUUUGAAGUGGAAGGGUCCUUGGGAGCGUACGGGGCGUCUGGUCUUUGGGGCUGGUGGCCUGGAAUUGAGUUACAGCUUGUUGUGGUGGGGGAAGACGGAGAAGAGAAAUGCUGUUUAAACUCUUGAACCCCUGGCAGGGGGCAUGAAGGGAGGUCACGACCCCCUUCUGUCCCUCAUGCAAACGGUGGCGAUUCAAUUAGGAUGGCAGGAGGCAGGGAGGUAGCCCCUCCGUCUGCCUCCCAUUCCCAGAUCCCCCUCUGCCGCCUUCAGUACACUAAUUGCCUUGUUGCUGUGCAGCCUGGAGCCUCACCCAGGGGUGACCUGCCUGUUCCCCCAGUCAAGUCUGAAAAGGACCAUUAUCCCGUUCCUUGGGGAAGGGAGGAGGACUCCCAUCUGAGUCUCCAGCUCCACAACUGCACUGACCCCCAGGGGCCUGGUUGGUUUGUGGGGGAGGCUCAAUGGGGCUUUGUUGGCCAGGAUGAAAGCUCCUUUGAGCAAUCUCCUGGGGGCAAGUGUGUGUGUGUGUGUGUGUGUGUGAGAGAGAGAGAGAGAGAGAGAGAGAGGGAAUCUUCCCCAUUGUAGGUAUUUUCUUCAGAUGUGGAAAAGAAAGCAUCCUUCCGUUCUGCCCCAGGGCUCCACCUUAAGCCCAUGAGGCUACCACAUCACUCCAGGGCAGGGGGUAGUCAGUGUGGUGCCCGUUUGGUUGUUGCGGACUCCAUCAGCCCCUGCCAGCAUAGCCACUAGUGAGAGAUGAUGGGAGUUGUAGUCAAGCAACAUCUGGAGGCUUCCUCCACUCUAGAAGAUAGUUCCACUCAGUCUCCCACCACCUGUCCUAGGGGCAACUUGUCUCUUUCCCAGACCACACGCAAUGGGCACUUCUAAUGGAGUUGUGGUUGUGUAGUGUGGUGGCAAAUCUUGAGCAUUAUGAACCUGUGAGGGGGGGAUUCACUUCCAUCUGUUGCCUCUCCACUGCCCACUCUUCUCUCCCCUCCCAAACUUGCCAGAUGCCUAUGAGGUGAUUUUGUAGAGUUUGCACAGGUUCCAAGGACUGUACUCAGUGCCGGAUUUACAUAUAAGCUCAACAAGCUAUAGCUUAGGGCCCCACUCUCUUGGGGGCCCCAAAAAAAUUGAAAGAAGAAAAAAACCCUGGAUGUACAUUUCCAAAAUAUAAGAUAAAAAACAAAUAAAAUAAAGCCUACACACAGCAACAGUGUUUUGUGUUGUGUAGGCUCCUAUAAUAUAAGUCAUGGGCCGUGCCUGCUAUGUAAAGGGCCCCAUUACCUUCAGUAGCUUAAGGCCUCAUAAACCUAAAUCUGGCCCUUGACUGUAGUCUUCCCUUUUUUACUUCAUACUUUUUAGGAGAGCUUCGAAUAAAGACAAUCUAUGUUUCCUUCCCUUCUGUUUCUGUGUCUGUUUUGGAAACAUAGAUGCUUGUGACCCAGUUGUCCUUAUUUAUUGGGAAUGUGGUAUUUUAUACCUGUUCCUGGCAAUUCAUUGGGGUGUGUUUUUUUAACAUUGUAAAUAAGCAGCGGAGUCUCUCAAGUUUCACCCCCCAGCCCCAGGUCUCUAGGAGCUGUGUUUACACUUCUCUGUGUUUAUACAUGUGUGCUUCUGCACAGAGGGACACACACAGAGCUGCCGAACCUCUUCCAUCCCUCUCCCAUUACUCUCUCUCCAGAUUAUAAAUGUUGCUGAAUGCGAUUAAGGCUGCAAUCCUUUGGGGAUAUCGUGGGUCUGACUUCUGAGUAAACUUCAUUAGGGUUGCUCUGUACAUUCUCCUCAUUAUAGAAUAGCAGCAAACAGAUCUAUUUCAUGAUUGAACUUUUAUUGGGUUUUAGAAGGAGGAAAUGGUUCUGCUCAGUUUAUUCACACACCGCUUUGGAAGCCAGUGCAGGCCAGGCUAUUUAUCGAGGUUAUUUUUAGACUGCUUUUCAGUCCUGUCAGAUUCCCGAAGUACGGAUACAAUAAAAUAUGCUAACAAUUCAAAAUAACAUUACAAGGAGGGAGGGAGAGAGUGAAAUGAAGCAGCCCUGCGUGGGAUUUACUGGUCAGGGGAAGGGCCACUAUCCAAGCCUGGAACAUCUUUCAAGACCCAGGUAGGUAGAAAAACAAUCAUGGUGGGUGGUGUAGGGGAAAAGCACCUGGAGUCAACUUCUACCCCCAGAGUUCUUCAGCCAUGGGUCCCCAGGUGUUGUUGGGCUACAACUCACAACAUCCCUGGCCAGUUUAGCCAACAGUCGGGGUGAUGAGAGUUGUAGCCCAUCAACAUCUGGGGACCCAAGGCUGAAGAGCAGUGCUCUGCCCUGUUCCUCUGACCUCUUCUCUUUCCACUGGGCCUUCUUGAUGCUGUCUUUGAAUUCUAACAACACUUCACGGGAAAUCCAGGUCGUAGGUGAAUCAAUUAUAUCUAAUGUUUUGCACAGUGUUUCAAAGUUAUCGUCGUUUUAAGAUCAGUUUGGAAACCAUUAAUAUUGGGUUGGCUUGACCAUGGAGCUGCUGGGCAGUUAAGUGGCUCAAGCCAUAAAAGGCCACAUCCCAUUAUCAAUUUCAGAAGUGUUCUGAAACUCUUAAGGAAGAAGCAUGCAUCCUGAUGGUUGUGGAACCAAUUCUGGCUGUUGCAGAAUAACCGAAUGUUUUUUCUUUAAAAGAGAGGGGUGUUUUGCCCGUACGUCAUUCAGUGCAGGGGUGGAGAACAUGUGGCCUGCCAGAUAUUGUUGGACUCCCGACUCCCCAGUGGUCCGGGAUGGUGGGAGAUGUCAUCUGACAAAAUAUGGAGGGUCACAGGUUCGCCAACCUGUCCCAAAAGUUCAGAAUGCUAUUUUUAAAGGUCAUACCACUAAAUACUGUAUGUACUGCAAAGUAACAUGUCUUUCCUUUUAUCCAUUCAAAAAUGCAAAUGUCAAAUAGUUGAGUAACUGUCAAAAUCAAUGACUUUUGGUGGUUUUUUUAGUAAUGUGGAUUUUAAGAAAACAUAGUGGAAGCUCUUUGGGACACUACAGGGUUGAAGAGAGGGACAACAUGCUCGGUCUGCAAAGUGACAUUAGGCUCUAGGCCACAUUCAAGCUCUGGGGCCAUUUUGGAAAGUGCCUUGGAAGUUCCAUCUGGGCUCUGUGAGAGAGUAUUUCCUGGGUAAUUUGCCCAAUGCAUACUGUACAACUUCCCCUGUGAUAUGCAGCUAGUAGCUGGAAGUGAAAUAUUUUUGCACAAAGUGGUCCAAACCAGUGCUAAUGGGAGUUCUGUGCACAGUGGCUAAUACAGAAGAUUAAAUGGGUCUGUGCCUUGGUCAGAGGAAGCUUGUGAGGAAGGGGUUAUUAGAUUUAUGAAAAUUUUCAGGUCUUAUGACUCACUUCCAGAAAUUGUACUAAGUUCUGCUGUAUGACUUUUGAGUUUACCAGUAACCAUAUUAGAAAUUCAGAUUUUGUUGUUGACUUUAUUAUUUGAAGUAUCGAAAUAAAACCAAGAUAGUAGUCUCUAUUUUAGCUUGCAAAAGCAACAAUGUCCCUUGGAAAAACAGCCUAAGACAAAGAAACGGGAACAUUAAUCACAAACUCCCUUUUGCGUGGAAGAAAUUUUGAUUAACUUCUGCAAUUCUCCUCUUGUGUUCAAAUCUUAUGCCUAUUUUUAAUUUGCAAAGGCAAGCAGAAUGACAAAAUUGCAAAGAGCAAGCUUUCAUAGAGCAAAAUUACUAGUUCGGUAGCAGCACAGCAGUGGCUGAUCCUCUGCCCCAUCGGAAGCCCUAACGGCUAGCUCUGGUCGGGGCAGCAGGUGGGGGCUGCUUUAAAAAAAAAUGUAUUUCCUUUUUCUUUUGCUGCAUCAGUUCCAAGCUCACACAGCUGAAUGGCUGUGUGAGAUCUGGCCCAUCAGAGGAUGCAUGGGGGUUUGGAUCCCGCAGAUCCAAAACCACUGGUGCCUUGCUCCAUUUGUGGUUUUCUUCUACUAUGGAUGGAGAACUUCUGCUGAUGGGUGGGCCUCCAUAGUGGCAGAGGCCUACAGAUUCCAAUGGAUGGUUGCUUUCACUUCAUCAGGGUUAGGAUUGCACUACAGUGGUACCUCGCAAGACAAAUGCCUCGCAAGACAAAAAACUCGCUAGACGAAAGGGUUUUUUGUUUUUUGAGCUGCUUCGCAAGACGAUUUUCCCUAUGGGCUUGCUUAGCAAGACGGAAACGUCUUGCAAGUUUGUUUCCUUUUUCUUAACACCGUUAAUACAGUUGCAACUUGACUUCGAGGAGCAACUCAUAGAACGCGGUGUGGUAGCCUUUUUUGAGGUUUUUAAAGACUUUGGUGAUUUUUGAAGCUUUUCCAAAACUUUCCCGACACCAUGCUUCGCAAGAUGAAAAAAAUCGCAAGACGACAAAACUCGCGGAACGAAUUAAUUUCGUCUUGCGAGGCACCACUGUAUCAAUUUUGCUAACAAAUAGAAAAUGUGUAAAAAAUAAAUAAAAUAGUUGAAUUGCUUCACACAACACCUCUCCUUCCCCAGUUCCAAGUCCUAUUGCCAUUGCUGCUACCACCACCUGCCCACAUUGUUUCUGUGGGCAAAUAGUAGUCACUAGUUCAUCUCAGGGGCUAGAUUUGGCCUUGCAUCCUUUACACUGACCCUCUUCAGCAGGACUGACAUGCCUGUAGAAGAUUCAAAUACACGUGCUUAAAUAUAUAUGCUGCAAUAUCGUCUUGAAGGUAUCCAGCAGUGGAUGCACCUUUGGAUCUCUUUGCUUUGCCCCUCCCAAAUUGCAAACUUAAAAGUACGCCACCUCCCUUUAAAUAGGCAGAGCUGUUAAUCUUUGGAGACUCCCAAAUGUAUAAUUCGGUGUGGGGUCUUGUGCAUAGCACAGACUGUUAGAUUACGGAGAAUUUCAGCAGCUAUGUAAUCCAGACCCUUCAAAAAACAUUCUUGUGGUGCCUGAUUGCUUUUUCAGUACAAAAUUUCUCAUAAACUUUAUUCUUCAGGGCAUGUAGUCAACUAGGUGCAUUCAUUCAUUCAUUCAUUCAUUCGUCCAUCCCUCCAUCCAUUCCCUCAUUCAUUCCCUCCAGUUUUUGCCAUUCCAAGCAGCUUGCAAGCUAGGUGGUUUACUGAGUCCAAGGUUGCCUGCCACAUGUUGCUAGUGGAUUUCCUUUGGCAUUAGUGAGGCACACUUUGUGCAGGUAUACUACACUGGGAGGGGUGUUUACAAAGAUGAAAGCAAAUACCAUUUUCAUUUGACAAAUGGGGAACUGUGGAUUAGGGUAACAAUUAGCUCUGGGGUUUUUGUUUGUUUGUUUGUUUUUAAACCACUCUUCAAGUGAUGAAGGGUGUGCACCCUUCAGGUGUGUGUGUGUGUGUGUGUGUGUGUGUGUGUAUGUGUGUACAGAGUGAACCUUUGCUGUGAUUUUUAAUGCAUGCAGCCUUCAUAACUUUCACAGGAAAAUGAAUGUCUGUGGUAUAUGUGCAUCAGCACCAGCAUACAGCACCCAAAAUAUGCAGCCAUCUUGGAGACGGUGGUUUAUCCAGCCAGUGUAUGACUGAAAUUUUUACCCAGAUGCAGUGCUCUUUUCAGCAGGCUCCAUGGUUUGGAAUAAACAUUUGACCACCAGGUUUAGCAGCUAAACCUGCAAAAGGCUUUUGUCUUUUGGGGUGGGGUGGGGGACUUCUGAAUGUCCUGUACCAUAAUAUUAUGCUGCUAAUUCCUUCAAUCUCAUGGUUCACAGUUCCUCCAAGGAAACAAUAUCCCACUUCUGACACCACAUACAAAACGUUUCCUUAUCAGCUCUGUAACUCCCCGUGGCACAAAAUACUCCACUAUAUUUGUCUGUUGCCCUUAUAACAGAUAAAAACGCGAGGUUGAGAGCAUGACUUGCUACAGUGCCACCCAGCGAAUCAGAAGAGUGGCAAGCUGCAGUCUGAAUCCAACUUCAGGCUUUACCCUACCACACCUUUUCCUUUGCCAACAAAGCCCAAUUUUUCCAAACCCCCUCAAAUACUGGAUUGUGACCUGAGGAAGCUUGUGGUGGUGAGAAGAGAAGAAUACCCUUUAGACUUGGCUUAAAGCUGCUCAUGCGCUUGCACUCCUCAGGUCCGUGUGGACAACCCCAAGGAGGCACAUCUCUACGAGUCUGUUCCUGUGAUGCCUGGGGAGCCGCUGCUGCGCGACAUGGUCCUGAGUCCGGACCAGCGCCAUCUCUACUUGCUCAGCCAGAGACAGGUCGGCCUCAGGGAGGGGGAGAGGGAUGGAGGGGCUUCUGUCGCACUGCAGCUGAGAGGACAGACCCCUGAGGGGGCCGCGUUCUCUUGUGGGCAAACUUCCAGGGGCCACGUGACAGUGGUGGGCGGGGCCAGAGGCAAAAGUGGGUGCGGUCAGGGGGGAAAGUGGGGUGGGGCAACAGGCCUGACUUUUGCUUUCCUACUACAUUUCAAAUCACAGGCAAGGAAGAGGUAUUGUCAGUGUUCAACAACAGGGCAGAGGCCCUGAAGGAAGGCAUGGAGGGGUGGUGGGUGGGGAGAGCAAGAGCUGCAGAGCUGCAUUUAGGCCCUGGUCCUGAGGUUCUCCACUCCUGAUCUAACUGGUACUGGUUUUUUUCAAUUUGAUCCAGGCCUUAUGCUGGAACAUUAGGCGAUGAGUGCAAGAAGGCUUGUGAAUAAUUAUUUUCCAUCAUUUCUGAGCAAUUACAGCCACCAGCACCCAACACUUCUGGGGUUAGAGAAAUGGGUCUUCCCACUUAUAAAAGGCACACAUCCCAGACACAUUUUUUUGCACUCAGUGCUAAGAGCAGGGCAAUUUGACUCUGCAUAUAUUUCACUGUAUUUAAAACAUGCCUAUUAAGAGGAACUAGUUGGUAUUUUAUCCUUCUAAGAGGGGAGGGGAAAUCUCUAGUGCAUUAUUAGGGACAACAGGUGGAAAAGGGGUGUUUGGGGUUUGUGUGGUUCUUGGCAAAACUUUUCUCCGGAGAGACAAGAUCCCUAAAACUGCAAAGAGGCAAAACCUGCUUUUUUUGUGGAGGAGGGAGCUGUGAAAUUUGACAUUUGGAAUGGAAUCACAAUGCUGCCUGUGAAACAGGAUCAGAUGCUGAGGUUAAGAGUAUGAUUUCUGCGGAAGAGGCUUGUAGGAGUUGGGGUUAGGGCUACUGGGAGGAUGGGUGCUGUGCAGAGCUGCCAGCUUUCCCCACUCUUUAUCAGAGUAUUGUGCAGUUUAACAGCAGGCAGAAAUUCAACAGGUGCCUUCCCCAGUACCAGAAACCUGCACCUGCUGGAUUUUGACUUUGUUGUGGAUCUGCUCAAGGCACAGACGCUUUGCUGGAGGCAGCGGUGGAGAGGAAUAGCAACCCUGAUACCUAGUGAUUCUGAUGAGGAGAAGGAAGGCCUUGUCUAAUUACUUAGCCCUUCCCCUCAGGUGGUCCGGCUCCCCGUGGAAAACUGUGAACAGUACUCGUCUUGUGCUGAGUGCCUGGGCUCCAGAGACCCACACUGCGGCUGGUGCGUCCUGCACAACAGGUGAGAGAAUUUCCUAACACGCACUGCCGGCCCCCCGGAAGAAGCCUUGUACAGGCUGGCAGGCGAAGAAUCCAUGAUCUGACACCAGCACCCCCUUCCCUCAAAAAUGCUGCUUUAUUUUCCCGCCCAAUGUUGGGGGAUCAAGUAGGGAGGUGGCAGCCCAGUGUGAGACCCCCUCUCUCCUCCCUCCUACUGUGGCCUCCCUCCCUCCUCCUCCCCCUUAUCUAGACUCUGCAGGAGCCUUAAUCCUAUUAAAUCUGCCAGCACUGAGCUGACUAGGAGGAAGAGUUAGAGGGGGUUUUGGGGAGGGGGAGAGGGGGAAGAAGAAGAUAGCAGCGGUUGUCCCUCCAAGAGAGUGGGAGGUGGUGGGUUUUAUUUCCUGCUCUCCUCCACUCCCACAACCCAUCACUCCAUGGCAUAUUGAGCAAGGCAGCAGGGGGGAGAGCAUGGGGUGUCUUCUGAGCCCCCACCCCCAUUGAAAGCAAGCUUGAGUUUCAUCCUCCCUCCCUGCAGCAACAAUGCCUCCUGUCUCCCCUGCGUUUUAUAUCCCCCCACCCUGCAGGAGGCAGAGCGGAGCCAGAGCAGGGCGGGGGGAGGAGAUGGGGCAGAGGGCAACCCCACCCUGCCAGCCACGGCUGUGUCUCUGCUAGCAGAUGUUUCCCUCCUGCCUUUACCCUCCCUCUUCCCUCUCAAUUCCCUAUCACUGCCUCAGCACCUGGCGCAGCAACUUGCACCUCCUAGCUUAAUAUAGAAUUAUGUGAUAAUACUUGGAGGGGGGUGAAGAAAGAGUGAGAACGGAGGUGACACCCCCCCACACACAGUAGUAUUGGGUUUGGGGAGUGGAGAGGGAGAGAGAGAAAGAGAAAUAAGAAGUAGUGGGAGCUGCUGAUUCUCUUAGGACUGCUUCUCCACUCCUGAGCCAAUUCUUUCCCCCCACUUGCAAUCCUCUGCUCUCUGAAUCAGCCACGGAGGGAGUUAGGAGAGGGCAGAAAAUUCCUCUUUCCACACUACCCAGCAUGGUCUCUCUCUUCCUUGACUGGCAGUGUGAGUUUUGCUUGCUCGCUCGCUUCACUCUCCCUCCUGCCAACUCUUGUUGGGGGGUGGGCAGCAUUUCACUCUAGCCUCCCUGAGCCCCUUGGAGAGGAAGAGUGGGAUAUAAAUCUAAUAAACAAACAAACAAACCCUUCCUCAAGGCAGGCAUCUCCAUCCCCAGCUCCCCAAGCUCCUUUGGUUCCUUCCAGCACUGACAAGCCUAACAAGCCUCCAGAGCCCUGGAGGGGAAGCAGUAGCUUCCUCGCCACCCCCCACCCCCCCGCACGCGUGUGCACACCUAACACACCUGAACUGCUGAGCCUUCUCUGGCUUCUGUUUCCACCCCCAUCUCCCUUGCCAACUUUUCCCCUGCCAAAAGCUCCUUCCAUGUGUGCUGCUUUCAGUUGCCAGAUCAGAAGAUAGUCUGCUCCGCUGAGUGCUUUGAUAAGAAGUUCUGUUCCUCUAGUAGCCGGUCCCUGUGAGCUUUUUCUCCCCACACCCAGCCCAGUCCCAUUGGUGGCAUCAGUGGCCAAAGGCUAUGGAGAGGGGCAGAAUGCAAGGCAGUGAAAGCAUCCUUUGCUUUCCCUCCUCCCCAAGCUGCCUUGUUUCUGUUGCCACUCAGGUGUUGCAGAGAGAGCGAGUGUCCCCGUGCCGCAGAGCCUCACCGCUUCACAGCAUCUCUGACUCAAUGUGUGCGGCUGCUUGUUGAGCCCAACAACAUCUCGGUGACAGAGCCCAGCAUUGUGGUGAGUCCUGUGUACACCCCUGGCGCCCGCCUGGAUUUUUGGCUUUCCGUUCUCCUGUGUUUCUUUGGCAAGGAACCUCUUCUGUGUUUGCAGGUGGUGAAGUGGGAAGAUAUUGAUCCUGCCCCGCUUUCUAAGGAGGGGUCCUUUCCUUAGGCUUGUGUUCUCUGAAUAAUAUAUGCCACAGUGACACAGUCCUGAGCUACAUCCUGUUUCGAUUGCUGUAACCUGCUGUAUGUGAGACUCUCUUUGAAAAGUGCUAAGAAACUCCCAGCUGGCCCAAAAAGCUCCAGCUAGAUUGUUGACCAGAGGUGGUUAGAGGGCGUAGACCCUUCCCUUGUUCUACAGCAGCUCCAGUGCCUACCAGUCUGUUUCUGGGCACAAUUCAAAGUGCUGGCUAGGACCUGUAAAGCACUUCACAGUUUAGGCCCAAGAUAUCCAAAAUGGCCAAUGUAAAUACUAGGCUCAGUUUCCUAGCCUGGAGUUGUACUCGCGACGCCCUUUGAAGACAGUCAUCAGACAGUCUGCUGGCAAUUGUUUUCUUUUAUGACUCACCAACUACAUUGACUAUAGAAUUAUUUGGAAACUGCACCAGUAAGCUAGCUUAAUUGGUUGAGCCCCACAACUGGUGUGUGGCUUAAUUACCACUUUCCUUCACCACCAUUCCAAGCUCUGGUACCAGCUGUUCAGGUUUGUACCCGAGACACUCUGUGCUUUAUGCCAAUUGGGGCCAAGGCCGUGAGGCUGCUGGGACUGCGGAACAUGGUCUUGGCCAUGCAAUCCAGAUUCAUAAGGAUCUCCAGGUGAGUCACUGAAUAAGGUUUCCAGCAGUCGGAGGGCAGGCCUUCAGUGCCCUGCAUAGCGUCUUGCUUUGUGCCACCCAACCCAGCUCAUAGAAACAAAACUAAUUUUGCAAAAUACUAACGUUUGCAGAAAGUGUUUUGCGAACUAAGAUAAUUAGACAUGGAAAUUUCUUCUUCACCUCUAUAAUUUAUGCAUGCUGCAGAGUUAUCUUGUGGCAUAAAAUGUGUCAGGGGGCAUGUAGCACACAGGUUGCCGAUGCAACGCAUGCACCCACAGAAGGUUUUCUUGGCACCCAGAAGAUCUCUUUCCCCUCCCCUCCCCUGCUGAAAUUCAGCUUGAACGAAGCAUUCUGUUGUAGCCAAUAGAACAGGGGGCAGAAUGUCCUUGAUUGCAGUGUGUGCGUGGUGCCCAUGCCAGUUUAUCCAGUUUGCAAAUGUGCUCAUGGGCUGAAAAGUGACCCCUAGUGUAGAGAAUACACACAUGGUGCCCUCCUCCUUCCCUUGGAUAUAAUUCCCAAACAUUUUAAUCUGUCUAGUGACUGUCUAGUGACUGCCCUCUCUUGGGCUGUGUUUCCAGCUUCAGCUUACUGUCCACAAUGCCCCAGACCUGACGGCCGGUGUGAUCUGCUCCUUUGAGAGCCUUGGAGAGAGCGAGGGGCAACUGCAGGUGGACGGAGGGAUCCGAUGCCUUUCUCCUACAUUGAGGGAUGAGCCCCCUGGGGAAUACGGUGAGCGCUUGGAGGUGGGGAGGGAAAGUUGGUGAAGCACAGUGGUUCUAAGAGACUGAGCUAUGAGCUGGGAGGAAGUUUCUAAUCUGCAUGAACAUGCUACCUAGGUUUGUUUUUGUUUUCUUACAUUUUUUUUUGUUCUCAUUUUGUAUUUUAAUGUUGUGAACUGUCCCAUGAUCUUUGGAUGAAAGGCAGUACAAAAAAAUAAAUAAUAUUAACAAUAACAACAGGUGGCUAUGGAGUAACCACUGUCUAUCCUAGCCCCUGACUCCCCGCCCUUUCUCACUGUGAUAUGCAGUAACACUGACCUGCUUUACAAGGCACAUCCACGCAAGACAUUUAAAGCAUUCUUAAAAAGGUAAAGGAUCCCUGACAACUAAGUCCAGUUGCAGAUGACUCUGGGGUUGCGGCGCUCAUCUCGCUUUACAGGCCGAGGGAGCUGGCGUUUGUCCUCAGACAGUUUUUCCAGGUCAUGUGCCCAGCAUAACUAAGCCGCUUCUGGCGCAAUGGAAACGGCAUUUACCAUAUUUUUCGCUCUAUAAGACGCACCAGACCAUAAGACGCACCUAAUUUUUGGAGGAGGAAAACAAGAAAAAAAAUAUUCUGAAUCUCAGAAGCUAGAACAAGAGGGAUCACUGCAGCGAUCCCUUUUGCUGUUCUGGCUUCUGGGAUAGCUGCGCAGCCUGCAUUCGCUCCAUAAGACACACACACAUUUCCCCUUACUUUUUAGGAGGGAAAAAGUGAGUCUUAUAGAGCAAAAAAUACGAUACCUUCCCACUGGAGCAGUACCUAUUUAUCUACUUGCACUUUUGGGCAUGCUUUUGAACUGCUAGGUUGGCAGGAGCUGGGACCGAGCAACAGGAACUCACCCCGCCGCGGGGAUUCGAACCGCUGACCUUCUGAUCGGCAAGCCCAAGUGGCUCAGUGGUUUAGACCACAGCGCCACCCGCAUUCUUAUACCACCUUAAACAGUCAUGGCUUCCCCCAAGUUUCCAAGGAGUGGUGGGAAUUGUUAGGAGACCGUAUUCCCUGCAGAGCUACAGCUUACAGAGUUCAUUGGGAAGAGUGACUGAUUGUUAAAUCACUCUACGAAUUGUAGCUCUGUGAGGGAAAUCGGGGUCUCAUAAAAGCUCUCAACACCGUUAACGAAUCACUGGAUUCUUUGGGGGAAGCUAUGGCUAUUCAAAGUAGUAUAAGAGUGCUUUAAAUGUAUGGUGUGCUUGUGACCACAGUGUCAUAAUGAUUACAACGCUAUUUUGUAUGUGAAGCACUUCAGAAUGUGCUGCAUUUGCUGCUGCUGCUAAAAUGGAGGAAAGGUUGGGACCCAAACAGCACUUUGGCAGGGGACCCUCUUUAAAUCAUGAACUUGCACUCAUGGGCUGAGCUGUCAAGAUCACUCAGUACAGACUGGCUACCACUCUGGUGCUUCCUUUCCCAUUUGCAGCUAGAGGUGUUCAGAAAAUGGUAAUUGAACAGAAUUCUUCCCUCUCCGCCCACAUCCAGACACAAACUUUGUAAAUCGGAUGCUUAUGCUUAUGAGAGAGGAGCUUCAUCUGCUUUCCUAAUUUUGAGUGUGUAACUUCAAGUUAAUGUAGAAUGUGAUCUUGCAAACAGAUGCUUACUGAUCUCUCUCCUUUCCAACCCCCACCCACCCAAUACCAACUCAGGUGAUGUUCGCACUGUUAGACUCCGACUUCUCUCAAAGGAGACGGGGGUUGAAUUCGCCAGCACUAAUUUUGUCUUCUACGACUGCAGCCUUCUGCGCACGUGAGUUUUGACCCUGGGGCCAUAAUCUCCCUUCUUCAGACCCCAGACCUGGUCCCAGCUUUGAGCAACUGUCCCCUCGCCCCAAGACAACGCUCCUUAGUCUUGAUUUCUUCCCUUUAGGAAGAGCUCUCAUCUGGCAAACUAAAAGCCUAUCCAGCCAACAUCCUGCUGCCCAAAAUGGCCACCCAAACGCUCCUAGGAGUGCUUAAGUCUUAUCUUACCCAUAAAGCACCCAUGUUGCAUGCCUUUUGCGAAGGACGUCUAUAUGACAUUACAGUUGUGUUGUAAAUUGCCCUGUGGUCUUCUGACGAAGGGCAGUAUAUAAAUUUACUAAAUAGUAAUAAUAAUAGUAUUCUGCUGGGAGCUGCCCAGAGUGGCUGGGGGAACCCAGCCAGAUGGGCGGGGUAUAAAUAAAAUACUACUACUACUAUUACUACUAAUAAUAAUAAUCUGUGAACUCCAGCUGGGGGGCCAGGUCCCACGACUUGCAUCAUGGGCUAAUCUAAAAUGGGCGAGCCAGCCAGAUGGGCGGGGUAUAAAUAAUAAAUUAUUAUUAUUAAAUUAUUAACAUAAUAAGUUUUGAUAUGUGCUGAAAGCCACCCAGAGUGGCUGGGGUAUUAAUAAUGAUGAUGAUGAUGAUAAUAAUAAUAAUAAAUUUGAAUAUAUGGUGAAUAAAUAAUCAGUGGAUCCCCAAAUGCAUGUUUGGGUUAAAGGUGGGUUGAAAACAAGGAGGAAAACUAAUGUAAAGGCUGAGUUGUUACCUUUUCCCUCUUCAGCAAGUGCUCCCCCCCCCCCCCGGCUUCCUUCUACCAUCUUUUACAGCAGUGUUUCCUAAAGUGGGUGAUAUCGCCCCCUGGGGGGCACUGGAAUGAUCCAGGGGGCGGGGUGGUAGUAGCCUUGGAUGCUAUUGGGGGGCAUUGAAUAGAAAUAAGGGUGGUAGAGGCAUAAAGAAAGAAGAGAAUUUUGAAAAACGAUUUGUACAUGACACUUUCCGCCAGGUUGGUCACCGUUGCAGAAUGGCGACCACGCCUUCCCUGGAUCCAGCAGGGUUUUCCUGGGCUUGGCUGAACACUUUUUGGCUUCACCCAGGCCUGGGAAGUGGAUUGCAGCUAUAGUACAAACGUUUUUAAUUGCAUUUCCUUCAUCAUAUUUAGUGGAACAUGGCUUCAGUGUGGUCACAAAUCUGUUAACUAAAAAAUGAAACUGACUUCAAAUAGCUAAUCAUGGUAAUUUAAGAAUGCUGCUGACAAAAAUAGACUCCAACAUUAAUAAAUUGAUAGCAGUGCACCAGGUUCAGCCUUCUCAUUACUAUUAUUUUUAAUAUUAUUUGUAAUUUUUAUUUUCAUAUUAUCCUUAGUUAUCUAAUUUUUGUGUGUGUAAUGCAAAUGUUACUAUGGUUGAUUUUAAUAAAUUUAUAAUUACAGACUUCAAGGUGUCUUACUUACAACAUCUUUUUUACUGUGUUGUAGGAAGUAGGUAGAAAUAUAGAUACAUAAAAGAACGCCCAUUUGUUACUGCAUCUUUCUGUUUGUUCAGUUUGUUCAGAAGAUAGAUUUCCAGGGGAACUCCAAACAAUUUUGUUUGGGAACCUCUGAUUUACAGAGUGUCACCAGAGUACAGUGGACGCUCAGGUUGCGAACGUGAUACAUGCGGGAUGCACUUUUGCAACCCGCAGUGUCUGCAACCUGCAGCGCCGUGUCUGCGCAUGUGCGGGUUGUGAUUCGGUGCUUCUAUGCAUGUGCAAAGUUCAAUUUAGUGCUUCUGUGCAAGCGCAAGUGCAAGCGCCAAAACCCGGAACUAACCCGUUCUGGUAUUUCCGGGUUUUGGCGGUCUGUAACCCGAAAAAAUGCAACCUGAAGAAUCUGUAACCCGAGGUAUGACUGUACAUGAUGCUGAACACAAUAACAUCAGUAUGUACGCACACACACUCUCUCUCUCACACACAGCCCCAAAGAGAGCCAAUUCAGAAUAUUUCUGCAGGGGAGAGGCAGGAAGACUUUCUAGGCUUUAGUCUCAGAACUCCUCUUGAAUUGGGGCAUCUGAACCAAUGCAAAGGAUGUCUGAGCAUGUGCAGAGUGCUUUCCCCUUUACCAGGACCCAUAAGCAGCUCUAUUUGCAGCAGGGGUUUGGUGGUGAUGGGUGGCAGAGGGUGAGAGCGGCUGGGCGAGUCUGGGCCUUGUUCGCCUCUUGUUUUUAGAAACAAAGCGCUGAAGGUGCCUGUACAGCAGCACUCGAUCUGCCGCCUUGCUUGUCCUUUCUCAUGGCUUGGCACACGCUUCCUUCCUUCCUUGUUUCCUCACCCCAGCCCCCCGUUCUAAAAUAGGAAGUCACAUACAAUCUCUUGUUUAAUUUUGAAGAAGCGCUUUCCCCUCUCGGUUCUGGGGCACCCAGCCUUAUACACCGCCAAGUCCAUUUGUGGCAAUGGCUUCAGUCAACAUUCGCCCCCCGGGCUUGUCUCUGCAGCAAGCAGAUGGCUUUGGCAGGACUUUGGGAGCUGAUUCAAUCAGUGUCCCUCCCCCCUCCCCCCCUUUCCCAUGAACUCCAUAUCCUCAAGCAGAACAAUGGCAACAGGGAAUAAAAGGUCCAGGAAAGAAGGGGGUGGGUGGCUUUUGUGGGACAGGGUACAUGUGGGUACACACCUGUUGUUGUUCUUGCUUCUUCUUCUUCUGCUGUUUCCCUUCAUUGACUUUUUAUUUCCAUUCUUCCUGCAGAUGCUUGUCGUGUGUGAGCAGCCACUACCCUUGCCACUGGUGUAAAUAUAGACACACUUGCACCCACAACGUUGCCAAGUGCUUCUUCCUGGAAGGGCGAGUCAACACCACGGAGGUGAGAGCAGUCCUGGCCAUGUAAGGUGUUCUUUGCUCCCUCUUGCCCCGCUGCACCUUGUGGGAAUGCCUGCCAGGCCCUGGAGAGAACCUCCAUUCUUCAUUCAGGGAUACCAAUACGCCACCCACCCCAAGCCAUGCCCCCUCCCCACUCAAUGUAGUCCCCUGCAACCUCCCCUUUGCUUGUUGGAAAAAUCCAUAGGAGUUUGUAUGGUGGGUCUGGAGCUUCCUCAAUAAUAAUAAUAAUAAUAAUAAUAAUAAUAAUAAUAAUAAUAUAUUUAUACCCUGCCCAUCUGGCUGAGCUUCCCCAGCCAUUCUGGGCAGCUUCAACAAAAUAUUAAAAUACUGUAAUACAUCAAACAUUAAAAGCUUCCCUAAACAGGGCUGCCUUCAGAUGACUUCUAAAAGUCUGGUAGUUGUUGUUCUCUUUGACAUCUGGUGGGAGGGUGUUCCAUAGGGAGGGUGCCACUACCGAGAAGGCCCUCUGCUUGGUUCCCUGUAACUUGGCUUCUCGCAGUGAGGGAACCACCAGAAGGCCCUCGGAGCUGGACCUCAGUGUCCAGGUAGAAUGAUGGGGGUGGAGACACUCCUUCAGACAUACUCAAGACUCAAUUUGAUAGGCAGGGACUUCUCCCUUCCCAUACCUGCUGCCUGAGGGGUUAGGAGGGGAGGGGAGGUCUCCCCACGUGUGGCUUCAACCCGGAAUAUCACCUGCUUUCCUUGUUCUCUUGAGGGUUCUGUGUUUCUGCACAAUAGCAGAAAUGGCUGCAAGACAAUUGAUGCUUUGCUUUCAAAUGUAUGGACACAUAUGGAAUGCAGGCAAAGUUUUGCAUACAUUAAAUAACCACCCAGCUCACCUUAACAACGUUGUAAUAUUUUGGAGUUUUGCAGAAUUCAGAGUGUAUUGCUUGUGGUAGUGCAGGCAGAAAAAAGGAGGAAUAAGAGUUGUGAGGUGGGACAGGAAGGUAAAGGUAUCCUUUUACCUGACCGCUGAAUGCUGCCCCGGCAGGACAACAUAUCUUCAGAUGACAUGAGCUCUAGAAAUUUUAUUUGAAAUGUGAACAGAGAACCAAGAUUUGUGGAAGUCUAGACUGUCUUUAGGCUGUUUCCUGUGUUGUAGCAUGCAAGCGAAGAGUUGUUCUUCCUUGGACGUUUUAAAGCAAACGUUGGAUGGCUGCCUGUCAUGGAUUCUUUAGCUGGGGUUGGACUAGAUGACCAUUGGAUCCCUUCUAAUUCUAUGAUUCUGCCAUGGGAUCUUUGGUACAAAUGUACGUUUCCACAGACCAGGGAAUCCCAAGCAGUCAGAGGAAAGUCAGCAGGUGGCAGAUCGACGGCAUUGGCAGCCGAUAAUAGCACUAAAGUGCCUUUGCUGGGGCGGGGGUCUGGAUCAAUGCUGGUGGGGGGCAGGAAGGACCAGGGUAUUUGCUGGGAGUGGGGCCAGUCGCUCAUAAUCAAUCGUCUGGCCCAGGCGGCGGGAUCAAUAGACCUAGAGACGCCCGGGGCUCUUUGUGGGUAGGUAAUUGAUAGCAGCUCCCUUUGAGGGGCCAGCGUUUGGGUUGCGGUCGGAUGUGGUGGCUGGAGCUGGGAGUGGCCUGGACAGCAAUCUCAGAGGCUCUGGGAAGCAGAGCAUUCAGUGUAACAGUUGGGGUUGAAUUAGCACUGGCAAAACGGGUGUGCACUCGGGAGGACCUGUGUGUGUGUGUGCGCGCGCGCAUGCUGCACACUAGAACUGAGCGAGAGAGCGGGGAGGGAACUUAGUGCUUUGCUCUUCUCUGCUGGCCCUGCCUUUUGUCUUGACCCCAUUGUCUUGGGUCUGGACAGGAAGUUGCACCCAGGGCUUGAUUGUUCUCUAGGUCAGGACCACAUUUCCUCUAUUGCUUCCUGGCGUCACUGCCCCCCCCACCUCCCUGCUAGCCAUGUAAACAGAGCAGCAGGCCCCCCCCCUUUCCUUUGGUACCAAGGAGCAAUUAACUAGACUCUGGUUUCCAUGGCAACUCAGAGCGCCCAGCAGGCUCUUUCAUCUCCAUCUUUCUCCCGCGGCUGCCCCAGGCAAGAGGAGGAGAUGGAAGCCAGACUCCUGGGUUUUAUCCUGUGCUCAGGACAGGGGUCUCUCGGGGUGGGAAAGGUCAUGUUUUUGGGGUGGGGGCAGAAGGAGCCUCAGUUCUCGUGGUGGAAAAGGUUGUGUGUGGAGCCAAGGUUGUGCCCCUAGUAAUACUUGGGAAUCAGUGGAAUGGUAAGCCAGUGGGCUUACUUGUAAGUAAGCCUGCCUGGAGCAGGUGGGGGGGGGGAGCUACUUCUCUCCCUCCCACAUGCCCCAGUCUCUCAUGUCUGCUGUUUCAAAUGUACACUGGUUAUAAUUUAGACCAGGGGUCAACAAGGCUUACCGGGCAUGGGCCGGAUCACUCCAGUGGAGAUCCUCUGUGGGCUGGGCUGGCACAGCGUGGCACCGGAAAUCACAUCUGCGCAUGUCUGCAAUGCCAGAAAUUGCUUCUGCGCAUGCCCAGAUGCCAAAAAUUGCACCUGCACAGAAGCGAUUUUUGGCGUCUGGGCAUACACAGAAGCGAUUUCCGGCACCGCGGACAUGCGCAAACGCGAUUUCCAGCAUCUGGGCAUGUGCAGAAGCAAUUUCCGAUGCUGCAGAAGAGUCCCCGCACUGUGAUGUGCCAGUUUAGCGCAGCACUGGGGGACUCACUGAGCGGGCGGCUCAGUUUGGAGGCAGCGCAUGAGCCGGUUAAGCGACCCUCAUGGGCUGCUUCCAGCCCAUUGGCCUUAGGUUGCCGACCUCUGAUUUAGACCCAUAUAUCUCCUCUGCUUUCAGUCCUGCACUGGGAACGUUCAAAAGUGCAUGGAAACAGUACAAGAAGGGGUGUGUGUGUCAGUCAAUGUGUCAUUUUUAAUACCACAUGCAAAUGCCUUGCCUCUCUCCUGUAGGGCUGCCCUGAGCUGCUUCCUGGUGGUGAGAUACUGAUCCCAGUGGGAGUGUUGCAACCCAUUACCCUGCGUGCCAAGAACCUUCCUCAGCCUCAGUCAGGACAGAAGAACUACGAGUGCGUCCUGGGCAUCCAAGGCCGGCAGCAGAGAGUCCCAGCCGUGCGCUUCAAUUCAAGCAGUGUGCAGUGCCAGAACACCUCGGUGAGGCAGCCGCACAUUUUACGCACGUAUUUUGAAUACCUCUUUCCCAUGUUGCACAGCAUUCUGCAGCCGCGAAGGCUGGAAACAUUGGAAUGGAAAAAGGAGAUUCAGUGUCUCGCUGUUCUGGGGUUGCCACCGUUUUUUCUUCCCUGUGCUUCACAUCCCCUGCUUCUUAACAGUUGUAAAAUGCCUCCUCCUGCAUCUGUGGCACAAUCUGCACACAUGUUUUAAGGGCAACGACCAGAACCCAUCCCAGCUGAUGAUGUUCCAGUGGUUGGAGUGUUGGGUUCAAGCCUUUGCUGUUGACUUGUUUUGACACACCAUCAAAUGACUAACUUUCUUGGCCUCAGUUGUCUGUUCGUAUAAUGGUAAUAAAGGUAAAAGGACCCCUGACCAUUAGAUCCAGUCGCGGACGACACUGGGGUUGCGGCGCUCAUCUCGCUUUAUUGGCCGAGGGAGCCGGCAUACUGGGUCAUGUGGCCAGCAGGACUAAGCUGCUUCUGGCAAACCAGAGCAGCGCACAGAAACACCGUUUACCUUCCCGCAGGAGCAGUACCUAUUUAUCUACUUGCACAUCGUGCUUUUCAAACUGCUAGGUUGGUAAUAGUAGCCUAAUUAACAGUAUUGUACUCCUGUAAUGAUGAAUAAGGUGCAAAACACAAAGCGUUCUGUACACUGAGCGUUAGAUUGCUUACAUUUUUGCAUAUGAGCUUUAGCACGCUCCCAAAGUAUAAAAAGCAUCCCUCUUUUUUUUUAAAAAAAAGACAGUAACUCUCUCCUUUGUGAACCCCCAUACCAUCCCUAACCAUUGGCUAUGUUGGCAGGAGAUGAAGAGAGUUGGAGUCCAACAACAUCUGGAGAGCCACAGGCUCACCAUCCUGCUCUUGCCCCAUGAGUAGAGUUGCCCAAACCCAUGUAUGUUCAGUGAGGUAGGAAGGUUUGCCAGUGAAACCAAAUCAGGGUGAACUCCCAACAAAAUUUAACAAAAUGGGCUGCAAGCAGAACUGCAGUUUAGGGUGAGUAGCUAGAGAGAUGCAUGUUGGGUCAAAAUAAAUAAAUAAAAUAUAACCACAUAAAUGAUGAUGGACUAAAUUGACUGUGAGUAUCUAGGAAAGAGAUUUAAAAUCACAGUGGGAAAAUGUACUUAAUACUUCACUGUAGUGUACAGAAAUAGUGGAAAGGGGGAAGGCUAAUUCAAUGUUAAGAACUGGCAAAGGGACUGAAAAUAAGUCUGCAACUACUGUAGUAUACUGUGUGGAGUUAUCACUCCAUCUGAAAAAGGACAUCACACAUCUGGAAAAGGUUGAGAAAGGACAACUAAAACAUUAACUUGACUGAAGCACAAAGCUAAAGGGGAUUUACAGAAGAGCUUUAUAAAACUAACUAUAAAGCAUAUGGAUAGUGAGAUUUCCCUUUUCGCUCUCAAAUAAUUUUAGAACCCAAUGAAAUUCAGGGCAUUGUCAGCAUUUGAGCAGUAUUUAGUUGUUAGUCCAUUUUCCCUUCUUUCAAUUAGACUGUAGUAGUUCAUACCUACACUUACUUGAGUUUGUAUAUUGAGAAGCAACUUUAGUCUUUCCUGUUCAUACCUGUAGGUGUUCUCAUUUUUGGUGUUUGUCUCUGCCUUCUAAUUUCUUGAUUCUAUUAUGCCUAUUAACUACCAUCAGGGCAUGUACAUAGAUAGCUGCAGGUAUGCUGUUGCUGCUGUUGUUUAAAUCCCCAGCAAGAAGUUGCAAAAGCACACAGGCAGUUGUAAAUUCUCAGUGAACACUUCUGUUGUACUCUGGGUUUUAUUUUGAAAAUCUGAGGGAUCAAAAGAAAUAGCCUUAGCCUCGUGUAUGUGUGUGUGUGUGCCUGGCUGCUUUGUCCUCUGUUCAAGAGUGAAAGUAGUUACAAGCGCAGCUGGAAAGCACGUGAAAAUAUUGAGGCAGUAGUAGGCAUGGGAAGGGGAACAGAAGAUGAUUAUUGAUCCACCCACCCAAAACAUCAGAAGGAAUAAUCUGCAACCCAAGUGAAGCAGUUUGGAGCCCAGUUUCCCCCAACUUGCCAGAUUUUCCCUUACUGAGUAAGCCCAAAUUUUACAGGUGGAAGGCGUUGAGAAUGACAUUAUUUGAGGGUAAUGUCAAGUGGACUACACAGAUUAAAUGGCAGCCCAAACAGCUGCAAGAACCUAUUACGCCCUGAGAGUGUAGAAAGUGGGGGUGGGGGUGAGUGAAGGAGACUGUUUCCUCCUCCUCUUGUAAUACUGGAAUUCAGGGUAAUCCAAUGAAAUAGAUGAACAGUAAAUUCAGGACAAACAGAAGGAAUUGCUUCUUUGUGUAGUGCAUAAUUAACUUGUGGAAUUUGCUGCCACACGAUGUGGUGAUAGCAGUUACGUUAAGAUGGCUUUGAAAGGGGAUUAGGGAGAUUUAUCCUCCAUGAAUUUAUCAAUGGCCACUGAAUGACAGUUGCUGGGAGCAACUGCACAGGAGGGCUAUUACUUCCACGCUCUGCUUGUAAGCUUCCCAUAAGUUGUACCACUGUGGGGAUGAUGGUGCUGGGCUAAAUCAAGAUGCCGGACCUUUAGUCUAAUCCAGCAGGGCUUUUGCCUCUUGAGUGCCAGGUGCUUGACGCAAGCGAAAGGGAAGAACUCUUGCUUUCAGUGCCUAAUGAGCUGCUGCCCUCAUGGAGUGCCUUUGAACUCCCAGAGGCAUCUGUCAGGUUGGCUGGCCGGCUGGCCGGCCACUGUUGAGUAGUUCCUGUGUUGUGAGAUUUGGAAGUGUAAAUCUAAAUGAAUAAUGAUUUGAACUAGCUAUACUAAAAGAGUGAAGAGAAGCAUGAAGAUUUAUCCUCCAACAAUCUUUGUAGGACCCACUUCCAGAGCUGGCCAGAGUCAGGCCCACCACCCUCACCUUUGCUUCCUAAUCAAAACUGGCUGUGUUUAUGUGGGGCGUCCACUGGAUGCUCCACCAAGGUUUCCCUCUGCUGUUUAUAAGCUAAUACUGCACUCUGUAAUCCUUUCCCUAUGGCUAUUAUUAACAAAGGUUGGUUCCCCCCCCCCACGCAUAUUGGACCAUUUGUCUUCCACAAAAAUUAGGAGCGGAAUAUUGGUAAAUUUGGGUGAGUGGGCAAAUUGGAAGAACUUUCCCAAUGGGUGUGGGCUUACCAUAUAGAUAAUGAAUCCCAUAUUACAGAAGAGACUUUGCCGGGCUGGGCUUCUGAGGGCAGGAGAGCUAUUGGUUGAAGCAGCAGCAAAGCUUAAACAAAAAACAAAUUCUUGGCCACUUCAUGCUUACGAUAACCCACCCAGCUGAAAGUUCUGGAUUUUUACCUGUCCCAAAAAUUAAUGCCAUCUUUGGGGUAAUGUGUGUGUGUGUUUUGCCCCAACACCUUGAAAGUAUCAAAAACAUCUGGGCUAUUAAUGAUUUCGGUCUGCAAACAGGGUCUAUGGGAUUCUGGCUGCUGUGCAAUGGAAACAGGGUGAGCAUCCUCCUUUUUUCACUGCUUCUCCUUGGGGUCCAGCUACUCCUCUUUUCCCCCCUAGCCGCUGCCCCUUUCCUAUCCAAGACCACCCAGGUUCCCAUAUCAACGUGCCCUUGAGUCUGAGAUUGCUGAAAUUAAAUGCUUAAAGUUGACCCAUGGAGAAGGAGCUGUCAUCUGAGACUUGAUCUAAGACUAUACUCAGUCUGCCCUCUUUGCCUGCCUUUUUAUUUGGCGUUCUUUCAGGGGGUGGCUCUGCUAGUCAGUUUCCUCCUCCUUAGACUCAGUUUUGCCCUUGUAGAACUCGGCAGGGAAGAUGAUGGCGUCAAAACUAGAAUGAGCUGGCUCUGUCUGUCAUUGGUGCUAUCUCCACCCACUGUUGGUCUCCCUGGCUUCCACCCUACUAGUCUCGGUGGGCACAGACCACCACAGGUUCUACCUGUUGGAAGUAGUAUGCUUCUGAAUACCAGUUCCUGGGAGAGAACUGUUGCACUCAGGUUCUGCAAUCAGGCUUUCCAUAGGCAUCUGGUUGGCCCUUGUGAGCCCUUGGACUAGAUGGGCUAUUGGCCAUCAGGGCUCUUAUAUUCUUACAAAGGACCAACCUGGCUUGCGUUUCCAAUCCAGAUGAGGCAAGCUAGGCUAGCUCAUCUCAAUUAUGUCCUCCUAGAAUCUCGUUUCAGUAUCAAAAGGAGGUCAAAUAGGAGGAUUUAUUGCAGUCUAUAAGAGUUCCAUCUUCCUCUCCAGGUUCAUGUAUUGCAGAGCCUUCAUUCUGAGUGUUUGUUGGGUGGUUGGGACACAACAAAGGUUCUAUUAGUGUACUGACCACCCAACUUGCUGCCUCAUAUUUGCCUUGCCUGAUUUGAGGGAGGUAGUCUUGGACUUUUGGUGAUGAGGCUCAGGACCUUACAGCACCCGUGAGAACCACCAGGCUAUUCCCAGAAUGUUUUGUACCCAAUUCAUUUGAUAUUCUUCAUGUGAUGUUCUUUGUUGAGGGUGAAUUGAUAGCGGUCCUCGGGUUGAGGGAUUUCUUGGCUGUUUCCCAGCCAUGGGCAGAUCACUACCUGGUGGUGACUCCAGUCCUCUGCAAGAGUGGAGUGAGAAAGGGGGCAAGGAGGUUGGGCCAACUCCAAAAGCUGAUGAAUCCAAGCAGUUUCAUGACAGCCCUUCUCCUGGAAUACAGAGGAGGUUGGGGUGAUGAAGCAAUAGGGAUGCUCGCUGGAAUGUGAGUGGAGAGGAACUUGGAAUGAGACUGAGCAAAUCCAGGCUACAGCUCAUUUUAGAGGCUCCCUCGUGGCAGCGAUGGCAGCAAACAAAAACUACUUUUCUGCCACUGUUGUAUCUCUGCUGAGCCAUUCAGCAGAGCCAGUGUUGAGUGGACAGAAAUCUUCUGCAUUUAGGUCCCCAGGGUGAUUGUAAUGAACCCUUGGUAGCCUGUUGAGAUUUAUCUGCCAAGCACUUCACCAGUAAAAAUUGCUCUCAUCUUCUCCAACUUAGAUGACACUUUAGAUCCAGUGUAAGUGCUAGAAGUUGGGCUUUUAGAUUGGAAUUUCUAGCGACAGACAGACAGACAAAAAACAAACAAUCAUCUUAUAACCAGGGAUUAUUUGGUAUGUGUUUGUGGGGAAGAUCUCCCCCUUCCUUUGCUCUCCUAUUGGGUUGCUUCUGUGGGGUUUGGCAUUUUCUCCUCCUGGUGACUUCUGUUUCUAUUAAUAUUGGCAUUUGGCAGGAAACUACCUCACUUCUGCACAUUUCAUUGUCGUGAGAUUAGGCUGUCAUGUAUUUUUUUGGUGAGGUUUUACAGUCUUCUUCGCGGUGACUCAUACAUUUCUGCUGUAGCUGCUGAGGUAGCAUUUUCAGCUUGAGGGAUGGUGAUCAAACUGAGAGGGCUUAUAUGUGUUUUGCAUUUGGGGUUAGGUUCUGAUCCCUGUGGUGCUUUGCAGUAAAGGGAACAUGGGCUGGUUUGGUGCCAGGUGUUGAGUACUGUUGGGAAACUGACUUAUAUCUGAUCCGCAGACACUUUUGGGCAGCGGCUGGAUGGUGGUGGUAGUAGUAUAUGUGCGCAGAGAAUUUCAGGAGGAUAGCUUUUCAUCAGAGUCUGAUACCAGCUACUCCAUCCCAUCUGCACAAGGAUUCCUCUUGCACUAGGGGACUUGCCCUCUGUCCCCCUACGCAGACCCAGUACCCUGCCCAAAUCUGUUCCAGAGGGUUGGAACAGAUUUAGGGGCUGCUUGUGGGGGGAAGAUUGGGAGAAUGUUUGGUUGUGAAAGGAGCUGACAGAACAAAAACUUAGUGCUGUGUUGGCUUUCGCCCUGGUCUCCAAUCUGGAUAAAAAUUCAUAGAUAAUAAUUAUAGGUGGUUUUCAAACCAUUUGGAAUUCAUGAUUGCCUGGUUCAGACAUUGGGUCCUACAAUGCACACCUUUGAAUGGAGCUAUGCCCAAACCCUAGGCCAUGUGCAUGAUGUAUGUAUGAUAUUUUUGCCUUAUUCAUACAUUUAAAGAGCAUGUAUGGGCAUAAAGGUGGAUGGAGGUGGCAUGAAACUGUGAGCAGCCCCCCACAUGGCUCUGUGGCCACUGGGGUCUGCCUCCAUGUCCACCACCAGCCUUCCCAUGUGGAGCAGGAAAGUCUGAUGGAUGAUUCUUUGAAUGUUUGGUUGAACAUGUGGGGAGGAUUAUUGUUGUUUGUAUGUUCAGGUGAAUGUGUGACUAGUCCCCAAUGCUGAGAAGUUUGGGGUUGACUCAGUGGGGAUGCUGAGGGUUAGGCUAUCAGGUGCAGUCGUGCACCCCUGUUUAUGCUGGCAAAAUGGAGCUCUUGUAUCCAAAUUGUGGCCUUGGUUUUUGACGGUCCCCCCACCUCGGGACAUGGUGAACUGAGAUACAAAUAUGUCAGAGCUUUCCCAAAGCCAGGUCCACAAGCCAAAAUUACUUCUGUAGGAAUGGUGAGAAUCUACCUAUAAUGGUUGUAAGUUGGGAGCCACCUUCCUGUCCCUCCCCACCCCUUUACAACUCUCCUCCAAAACUGUAGCAUGCUAACUGCAUCAGUACAUGGCUUGGCUUGCUUGUCUGAGCUAACUUAAGCUAUUUGCUCUGCAGGCACCUCACAGAGCUUCACCUGCUCUCAGUAUUGGGGUACCAUGGAAGUCUGAGGCAGGUGGUGAAUGGAUGUCCUUCCUUUUGGCUCAUUUCAGGGCAGCAAGUCUAGAAGGAGUGAUUAAUGGUGUUUUUGGGUGCUUUAUCUUCCUUCGCACCUUCCCCUCCACUUAACUAACACUGUUGCAUUUCUAUAAGUUAAGUGGUAUGGAAACACUGACGGAAUGGAAUGAAGGAUUCCACGUUGCUUUUUUUUUUUUUUUUAAUAAGGAUUAAAGAGUCUCUUCUUUUGGCUGGGGCAGAAAUAAACAGCAGGACUUACUGAAGAUCUGUGUUGGCACUUGUUCUGUUUACUUUUAACAUGCAUUAAUGAUGUGAGAGAGGAUGGACCGACUCUAAAGAGGCUCAAAUGUUUUGCAGGCGAUGCAGAAUAAUUCCAGCUGGCAAAGUACAAAGAAGGCUGCAGAGAUGUGUCAAAAAUAAAAAUAAAAGUAAACCAGGUGGCUGAGGAACAAGAUGUCUGAGAACACAGAGGGCUGAUAUAGCAGCAAAGUUAUAUAUGUGAUGCAGGGAAUAUUUUAUUUUUCUACAUCUGUGGCCCUAGUCAACAAGUUACUUCAACUACAGUGGUACCUCGGGUUACAUACGCUUCAGGUUACAGAUGCUUCAGGUUACAGACUCCGCUAACACAGAAAUAUUACCUCAGGUUAAGAACUUUGCUUCAGGAUGAGAACAGAAAUGCAGAAGUGCACCGGCAGCAGGAGGCCCCAUUAGCUAAAGUGAUGCUUCAGGUUAAGAACAGUUUCAGGUUAAGCACAGACCUCCAGAACAAAUUAAGUUCUUAACCCGAGGUACCACUGUACUUGGAGAAAAGUCUGGGGAGCGACACUUGUUGCCAUUGCCUCCAUGCCCCCCUCUUACCUCAGGACAGGCAGUUGUGGGGGCUGGAUAUGGUGCAAGGGAUGCCCCCACCUUCGGACUCCUAAUGUUCAUUUAUUUUAUUAAACAAGAUUUAUAUACCACUUAUAUCAUCAGCAACAACAAAAAACCAUGAGUGGUGCACAUAAAGCAAUAUGGAAUUUACAUAAGAAAAUACCAAUAAAAUCAACCCUCCGACAAACAAAUAGGCAUACAAUUGAUCAAAAUAUAAAUAAAAUUUUAAAGUUAUAAAACAAGUGCACACAAUAAAAUUACAUGCCUGGGUAUUGUUGUUUUAUUUAGGUGUGUGCUUGUUAGUUUAAAACUAAUGUUUUCCCACUGGGGAAAGGAGAUUGUACUCAGGAAAAUUAUCAACAUGCUGUAGCUGCUAAAAACUGCCGGAGAAUCCUGAGAAAGGGAUAAAAAGUAUUAUGAACACAGUGAAGCAGCCAGAACUUGAAUACUGUGCAUUUUGCAUCCUGGGCUAUAUCUGUCAAGCUAUUCCCUUGCCGAACUGCAUACCGUAUUUUUCUGUGUAUAAGACACCACCAUGUAUAAGACAACUCCAGUUUUUUUUUAACCCCAAAUUAAGAAAUCAAUAUUUUAAACUAGGGUUGCCAAAACCAUGCUUGGCUGGCUGAUGAGACUGGUGGCGGCAGCAGCAGCAGUGCUUUGGUUGGUGGUGGGUUUUGCUACAAAUUGUUGUUUCCUCCUGCUGCUGCAACCCGGGGUUUAAAUGGUGGAGCAACUUUACAUAGCAUAUCUUCCUUACACUUAUUUCCCGGACCUCCUCGUACCUCCCUUUUUGUAUUCCAGUUCAGUUUGUUAGUUCAGCAAAUCCUUACCAUUAAGCUUUUACCCAUUUGUAAACCUUUUUCGUAUCUCUUAAAGCAUUACAGCUGGAAACCACUUAGUUUCUAUCCAACAUCCAGCUGGGUAGUGGUGGUAGGAGGUCUGUUCUUAACCUGAAACUGUUCUUAACCUGAAGCACCACUUUAGCUAAUGGGGCCUCCUGCUGCCGCCGCGCCGCCGGAGCCCGAUUUCUGUUCUUAUCCUGAAGCAAAGUUCUUAACUUGAAGCACUAUUUCUGGCUUAGUGGAGUGUGUAACCUGAAGCGUAUGUAACCUGAAGCAUAUGUAACCUGAUGUACCACUGUACUCCGUUUAUGGAGUGCUGCAAAACACAGGGUUUUUGCUGCAAAACUUUUGCCAAACAGUGGCACCAGUUUGGAGUAAAUCUGACAGUGAUGGGUUUUGGUGUGACCCUUGGGUUUGAGGGUCUUUUGCUCCAUUGGUGGGGUGCUGCAAAACAUUGCCAAACUUUGGCGCUGAUUUGGAGUGAAUCGAGUGACGUUGGCUUUUUGGGUGACCCGUUGACCCCUGGGUUUGAUGUAUCAGUUUCUCAAUUUGUGGGGCACUACAAAAAGCGGGGGUGUGUGUGUGUGUGUGUGUGUUGCAAAACGACUGCAAAAACUAUGGCACCAGUUUCAAGGGGGGUCCCAUAUUUUGGGAUUUUUAGUUAACGAAGCUUGGCAGCAAAACGUUUUUGCUCUAUACCAGGCACAGGCAACCUCAGCCCUCCAGAUGUUUAGAGACUACAAUUCCCAUCAUCCCUGACCACUGGUCCUGUUAGCUAGGGAUGAUGGGAGUUGUAAUCCCAAAACAUCUGGAGGGCCGAGUUUGCCUAUGCCUGCUCUAUACUUUCUGCCACUCCAAUCCUUUGGGAGGAUAGAAACAGAGCCACCAAGUAUGCCAACAAGAGGAAGGCAACAAGUAAAGAAGGAAUUAAAUCUUCCUUCUGUCACUUGUGAUAAUGGCAGUUCCCUCCAAGAAACAGAAAUGUGUCUGGCUCUUGCAUUUCAGGGUCGUACUCUCAGUGUACAGCUCAGCAAUUGCUUGUCCUCAGUGUACAGAAAUUGUAAUGAUCUGAUACUGUACAUAGUCUUAUGUAAAAGUCUUUCUGUUACACAGUUCUAGAAAUCAUUUGGGGCUAUUAAAUGCAUGAACACCUUUGCUUAAACAUUGUUUUUAUCCUUUUAAAAGAAAACAAAAGCUUGCGGGGGGGGGGAUUGAGGACCUGCCCCUAACAAAUUCCCCAUUCCUCCCACUAGGGCUUUCAUACCUCUGGACUAGGGGUCAGCAGCCUAAGGCCCAUGGGCCUAAGGCAUCCCACAGGGAUCAUUUAACCGGCCCACAAGCCGCCCCCGAACCGAGCUGCCCGCUUGGCGAGUCCCCGUGCGCUGUGCUAAACUGGCACAGCGUCUGCGCAUGGUCAGAUGCCGGAAAUUGUGUCUACGCAGACACCGGAAAUUGCGGCUGUGCGCAUUCAUGCGCGCAUGCGCAAUCCGGCCCACAGAGGGAUUUCUGCUGGAGUGAACCAGCCCAGGUGAGGUAAACCUUGCCGACCCCUGCUCUAGGCUCUAUAGAUGUUUUUGGACUCCCAACUAACAUCAUCCCCAGCCAGCAUGACCAACUUCUGGAGGGACCUACAGGUCCUGCUCCAAACAAGGUUUCCUGGUUUGUGCCUGUAGGUUCUGUGUAUGCGUGCAAUAUAAAUAUGUAAUAUGGGGAUUAUAGAAAAGCUUCUGCUUCUUUUGGCAGCUGUCGAUAAAUCCCUACAGAGGCCAACUCACAUGCUGAGAACCCAGGAAGUGCUAACAGUGCAAGAAGUGGGGUUAUGAUCCAGAUUCAGUAGAUUAACAAGUACCCGUAUUUUUCGCUCUAUAACACGCACCUGACCAUAACGCGCACGUAGUUUUUAGAGGAGGAAAAUCCGUAGGCAUGCCACCCGUAGGCAUUCCCUCCAUAACACGCACAGACAUUUCCCCUUACUUUUUAGGAGGAAAAAAGUGAGUGUUAUGGUGCAAAAAAUACGGUAGGUCCUUUCCACCUAGGGUGACUGUUUACUCAACGCCAACAAAGAGGGUAAAGGAGGACACAGACCUAAAUAAAAUGUGCAAAUAUCAAAAUGAUCACUACAGUUUAAAUAGAACUACAAUUCAUGUCUCCAUACUGGGGAAGAUGAUCGCCGGGUUGACCUGUGUGCUUGCUCAGUGUGCUGUCCAGAUGCUCGCUGUUGAUGGGCAACUUCAAGGCCAUUCCUCUCCAAGUCCAAUUUAAAGAUGCAUAUGAAGGGAGAUUUCAUCUAGGUCUUUGUCUUUAAGCAGAACUCAGAGCAGGCAGCCCUUCAGACAGAGGACUACCCUCUGUAAAGUAGGGUGUGUUGCUGCUGCCCUAGUCUGAAAGUUGAGCCUUAAGGGGGAUUGGCAGGCUCUUAAGUACAGCUCAUGCUUCCUAGGUGGCAAGGCAGUUGGUGUUCUGUCUGAUUCUGGGGAGGGGCCCUCUUUUAGGUUUUUCCAAUGUGUAUUUCUGAUAGGGAUUCCCAUCACUACAGUCAUACUCAGUAGGGAUGGGAGAGAGAUUUGAUAUUGUUUGCAUUUCAAUGAGAAACUCCCUGAUUUGCACUUCUCAGACCAAUGUACAGACCAACACACAAAUAUCCUUUGAACUUUACCCUUCUCCAAAGUUUGUGCCUCCAUUGAGAGCCAGUGUGGUGUAGUGGUUAAGAGCAGUGGACUCGUAAUCUGGUGAACUGGGUCGAUUCCCUGCUCUUCCACAUGCAGCUGCUGGGUGACCUUGGGCCAGUCACACUUUUCUGAAGUUUCUCAGCCCCACUCACCUCACAGAGUGUUUGUUGUGGGGGAGGAAGGGAAAGGAGAAUGUUAGCCGCUUUGAGACUCCUUAGGGUAGUGAUAAAGUGGGGUAUCAAAUCCAAACUCCUCUUUUUCUUCUUCAUUCCCUAGCAACCAGUGUGUGUGAAAAUGCAUAUAUUAGAGAAAAGUUUACAUUAAAGAACAACAUAUAAAAAUGCAUUAUAUUGGGGGAAUUGCUUUUUAAAAAUGGGUAUAUUUGUCAAAACUGCAUACAAAAAGGUAUAUUUUAGGAGAAUUUCACCCUAACAUGCUGACAAAUUUUCACGAUGGUUCAUUUUUAAAUGCAAAUUAUUGUUGCAAAAAUGUGGAAAACUCAAUUUAAGAUUGGGAAAAUGAGAAACGGAAAUUGACAGGUGAAUCAAUUCCUAGUAUUUUGCCCUCUCAUACAUUUGUGACCCAUCUCUUUCCCACAGUACUGGUAUGACAGUGAUGACCUGGGGGAACUGCCGCUGGAUUUUGAUGUCAUUUGGGAUGGAGACUUCGCCAUUGACAAGCCACCAGGGUUCAAAGGUAUGAGCCCUAGAUACAGAGUGUGUAGAUUACCGUUUGUGCUAAUGGGGGUGCCUUAGGUCUGAUUUCUCAUGAAUCACUUUCCAGUUUUCUAAAAUGAACAUUUUGUUACGGAGAAACCUGACAGUGAUAGUUGGAAUGCAGUGCACCAGGGCACAUCAGUGCCGUCCCAAAACUUUUUGCAGCCUGAAGAACAGAAAUGCCCCUUCUCAACCAGUGGUGCAGGAAGCCUCUUGGGCACCUGGGGUGGUGUGCCCAGGGGUGGGGCAAACCGCCCAUAGGGGCAGGGUGAACUGCGCCACAUGGCACACAUAGGGGCUAAGGACGGGGUGCACUGCGCAGCACCCAUAGGGAUGGACAGAGACAGAGCUAGUGGCGGUGUGCGUCCCAGGGAUGACACCCAGGGCGGACCCCCCCCCAACCUUGCUCCACCUCUGUUCUCAACACCACCCACCAGCACUGCUAAGGCCAACCCUUUAUUUUUAUUUUUUAAGUCUUACUACACUCUUUAGUCACCAAUUUCCUGCCUUCAUCUGUCACUCCUUCCCUACUUCCGGUGCUGCCUAAAACAAGUGACUUAACCCUGAUGUAUGUAUGGUAAAGCCAUCUCUGGAAGAUAGAGAAGCUGCCUUAAACUGUAUCCAACUGUUGGUCCAUCUACCUUAGUUUUGUCCACACUUCCUGCUAGAAUCUUCCCAGGGUCUUAGACUGGACAUAUUCGCUAGCCUGUCUGGAUCUGCUGGGGAGUUAAACCUGGAACUUUACUCAUACGGAGCAGAUGCUGUACCCCUGAGCUUCAGCCCUGCAUCUUGGUUGACCCUGGUGUGAUAACUUCCAGCCCAGGUGCAUUCAAAGACACAGUUGCAUUAAGAAGCUAACCUACUAAAACAUUUAUGGUGAUUCUGCCAUGUUAAGCAUGUAGCUGAAUCUUGGCCCACACUGCAUGGUUUAGAUUGCCAGCAUAGGUGGAGGGGUCUUUGAGGGAGGUGACAAUCUGGUGCAUUGAGAAGAGAGGAAGUUCCUUUCAUUUCAUCUCCAUGUUGUUCUUCCCUCUCCCCAGCUCUGUUGUACAAGUGUUCAGCCCAGCGCUCCAGCUGCGGGCUCUGCCUCAAGUCAGACCCGCGCUAUGAGUGUGGUUGGUGUGUUCCAGAACGCCGUUGUCUCUUGCGCCCUCACUGCCCUACUUCCCGGCAGAAUUGGGUGCCACCUGGACGGCGGGGGGCCCGCUGCACCCACCCCCGCAUCACCCAGGUAAGAAAAACUGCUUAGCGGUUCUCUUAAAGGUAAAGGAACCCCUGACCAUUAAGUCCAGUUGCGGACGACUCUGGGGUUGCGGUGCUCAUCUCGCUUUAUUGGCCAAGGGAGCCGGCGUACAGCUUCCGGGUCAUGUGGCCAGCAUGACUAAGCCGCUUCUGGCAAACCAGAGCAGCACACGGAAACAUCAUUUACAUUCCUGCCAGAAUGUUACCUAUUUAUCUACUUGCACUUCAUGCUUUUGAACUGCUAGGUUGGCAGGAGCAGGGACCAAGCAACGGGAGCUCACCCUGUCACGGGGAUUCGAACCGCCGACCUUCUGAUCGGCAAGUCCUAGGCUCUGUGGUUUAACCCACAGCGCCACCCGCAUUCUCUUACUGUGGUGUUUUUUCCUUCUUUUUUGGAACCCCUGCAAACCUCGCUGGGUUCCCUCCCCUCAAUGAGCAGCCUUCCUCUCUCUUCCCCUCCCACCCCAAUCUCUCUGCAGGUGUUGCCAUUGACUGGCCCCAAGGAAGGUGGGACACGAGUGACAGUUUGGGGAGAGAACCUGGGGCUUCAUUUCUUCGAGGUGGGGGUCCGUGUGGCAGGCGUGCGCUGCACUUCUCUCUCUGCUGAAUACAUCAGCGCUGAGAGGUUGGUGAGGGUUUUCUGAAAACACUGGGUGCUGGUGGAGGAGGAGCCUGUGGGGUGCUGUCAUGGGAAGGUACAGAACAGGGAAUCUGAGUAGGAGCAAAACUGCAAAAACAACGGUGUGGUUCAUGGUCUCUCACUUAACACCACCUCCUGGACCUGGUGGUGCAUUUAAUGGCAGAACUCUGUGAAUGCAGCUCCUUCGCUCCUCCCUUUGUACUUACACCAGGAAGUCCCCAGUUAACCAGAGUAUCCCUUUUUCCCAGAAUGGAAGAAACUCUGAUCAGCAGCUUUGGAACAAGCCCAGGAUCAUAAAGUACAAUUUAUGGCAGAGUGCCUUUUAGUUAUAGCACUUGGUUCUCGUGCAUUUAUGAGCCAGGGCUUCCAGGCAGGUUUGUCAUAUUAACUAAAAACAAAAUAAUAUCUAAGAAGGGAGGCUGCAGGGUUGCAAAAUCGGAAGAAUGAAAGGGAGACAAUACAGUGAGCUAAUGAGCACACAGUUGUACUUGAUGAAGCUAUCAUUUUAAUCUUCACACUUUCUGAUCAGACCAGAAAGAUUUAUGUUGCAAGAAAGGACAAUAAAUUAGUCAUUUCCUCCCCCCACACCCCCGGUGUCAUCCCUGCAUGUUCCACUCAUUUGAAUUUAGACAUGUUUGUCUAAAUGUUUCCCUCUUAAACUCCAGAAACAAGGUUCCCAUGCCCAGAUUCUCUCACUUUGGUAAAACUGGUCUAAACUACCAAUAAUGGGUUUUCUUGGGGGUUAGCCACGCUUAACUUUUGCUCUGUUUUUUCCAGGCACCAGGAAAGAGCUCUGUGUUUAAGCUUUAUUUUCCACUUUCCCUGCAAAAAUCUGUGCUUUAGCAUUCAGUUUAGCUUUUUCAUGGAUUGCCGUUUGCUCCAGGGUUUUCUUGGGGAAAGAUCCAGAGCAAAAAAAGGGAGGGGGACUUGGACACAAAACUUUAAAGUGCCUGGAAAGAGAGGGGCAAAAGGGAAAGUGUAGAUAAGCUCUUAGGUAGGCCAAAGUUGACUUUGAUAUUUCAAUAGCACAUGGAUGGGUAACUUUUUCAGGCUUAACAGGUGGGAGGCUCAGAUCCGCCAUGAUCAUGAAUUUAUUGCUUCCUCUGUGCGUCUUGUUUGGGCGGAGCGGUGGGUGGAAGGGGCCUUCCCAAUGCAAAACAAGAUGGUGUCCCUAGUCCCUUAUUGCAGAAACCUCUGAGUUUUCCUUAUACAGUGGAACCUCGGUUACGGUGGGGAGCCCCGCCACAACCCGAAAAGGGCGCAACCCAAAGUGUCGUGUCUGCGCAUGUGCGCGGCACAAUUUAGCGCUUCUGUGUAUGCACAGACGCGAUUUAUCGCGACUGCAUGUGCACGAAUGGCGCGAACCUGGAAGUAACCCGUUCCAGUACUUCCAGGUUUGUGCCAGUUGCAAGCCGAGGGUGAUGUAAGCCGGAGGCAACGUAACCCGAGGCUCCACUGUAUUUUGUGCUAAGAAGGAUUUUGGUGCUGCCUUGAUUGAGGGGGAAAGCUAGGCCAGGCCAAAAGUAUUCAUUGGGCAGCUAGGAGAGAUGCCAGGAAAAUUUAGAGGAUUGCAUUGAAGGCCUCUCUGACCAAGGCUAAUGCUGCUGACCCAACAGGCACUCCUGAGGAAAUGAGGAGUCAUUCCCUCCCCAGGGAAGAGCACUGACCAGACUAAAAGGUUUACCAGGCAAACGUCAUUCUGUUCAAGGAGUGUUUCUUGCAAGGCCUUAACAAACCUGCAGUCUGGGGCAAGACAAAGAGAGCUGAGCUGUGCAAAAAUAAAUUAUAACAAGGGGCAUUGUGGAAUGAAGAAUUAGAAGCAAGUGAUGGCCUUGUGAAGGGAAGGGAUGUGGUGGACUCAGUGGGGCUGCAGGGAUUGGUGUGGUGGCGAUGGGAUGGGGAGGAAGCCAUAUUCUUCUGACAAAUCAUCCUUUCUCCCCUCAGGCUGGUAUGCGAACUGGAGCCAUCGCUUUUGCCUGACCCUCCCCCCGGGCCUGUGGAGCUGUGCGUAGGCGAUUGCAGUGCUGACUACCGGACCCAGUCAGAUACUCCCUUCACUUUUGUGGUAAUCAGGGUGGGGGUUAGGGCUCAAUAGGCAUAUUUAGCUUAUAUGAUAAGCAAUGAAGUACAUGGUAGAAGUCUUGCUUGCAAACUGUGGGCGGGUUUAUUUGUGGAAAGGGGUGUUUCCUGAGCCCCAGACCCAAAAAGUAGUCUGGUUCUGGAAGGGGUGUCCAUGUUAAUCAGCUUGAGGGAAGGGGGAGACUGUUCGUGAAGUGUAUCUUCAUUAUUAAUUUCUACCUGUUUCCUCAUGUAGACCCCCAGUUUUCAUGGGGUAUACCCAGAACGAGGUCCUGCCUCAGGCGGGACGAAAAUCAGCCUCCUGGGAACGCAUCUGGAUGCUGGGAGCAAUGUCAGUGUUGUGAUCCGGGGAGCCCCAUGUCAGCUGAUAAGGUAUUGUUUGGGGUGCCAUUCAGCUUUCAGUGGAGUUGGCUGGGAACUCUUGGACAGGGUCAAUAUUAAAUUGGGUUUGGGUGGGGGAAGGAAUUGGGUGGAAUUCAGCAUCGUGCUGAGGUGAAUGUCCAUUCAGGACAAGCAUUGCAGCAGGCAGAACAAUCCCCCCAUCUCCUUCCCCAAGCUCUGUUCUGGGAGUUGACCUGAAAUCCCCUCCAAGCCUUUUUUUGGGGGGUGGGGUGGGGGCAAGUGGAGGAGAUGAGGGGAAAGCUCCGCUGGGUGAGCAGAAGCCCUUGGGCUGAAAGGACUCUUUAGGUCAGUGGUUACCAAUUGGUAGUCUGCAGACCCCAGAGGUCUGUUUCACCCAUGCAGGGGGUCCCUGGCACCAUGGGCAAGGGCGCAAAACUGCCUAGAAAGCACUGGACAAGUGGAAAUCUGCUUGGCCCCAUGCUUUCUAGGCACGGGACAAGCACAAGUCUGGAUGAUCCCUAGGCCUGUUUAUUUUUUGCAUAGCAGCUCCUUGGUAUGUAGAAGCUAUGAACCGAGUCAGCAUGGUGCAGCAGACAGAGUAUCCAGCCAGAAUUGAGGAGGGCCACGUUCAAAUCCCCACUCAGCCAUGAAGCUCCUAGACCCUGUUAACUGCCUUUCAGUUUAAUCUACCUCAGAACAGAAUAGGGCGGUGGUGGUGGUGGGGAGAAUCAGGUGUGCUGCCCUGGAGCAGGAUAAAAAUGAAAUAAGUCCAUGGCCUGAGACAGAGGAGGGAAGCUCUGUGUUUACGUUGGACAGUGCAACGUGGGUGAGGGGAAAGUGGAAGGUGUUGAAUGAUGGGGUGCGGAGGAAGCAUAAUUUUUGAGGUUAGAUUAUUUGUGAGGAGGCUGUGUUUGUUUCUUGAGGGGCAAUAACUCUCAGUUUCCCUCUCCCAAGGCGUAGCGCAGGGGAGAUUGUCUGCCUGUCUCCCCCCUCAGCCCUAGGCCCAGGCCUCGCUGAGCUCAGCCUUCGCAUUGACCGUGCUAACAUCAGCACCAACGGCACAGUCUCCUUCCGCUACAGCCCUGACCCGGUUGUCACAGGGAUAGAGCCUGCCUGGAGCAUUGCCAAGUAAGUGAUGAGCCUGUGACAGCUCCAAGCUUCUUUACUAAGCAUCUCUCAUUCCCACAGGACGGUGCCCAGGCCCCAAAUCCGUAGAUGGGAGUAACUGAGGAAAUAAGGCUCUCCCCCCAACUUCCCCCUGACUGCUGCUUAGUGGGGAGGGCCCUGAUGCUUCCCCGCCCCCUCAUGACUCAGAGAGGAAAAUUGGGGGCUGCCCUCCAUCCUCCACAUUUAAAAAGUUUUACUUUAGACACUUCUGCUUUGUCUCGUUUAUUCAAUCUGUCUCCCAUCUCAGUGUUUCUCAAACUAUGGUCCCAGCUGUUGUUGAACUACAACUCCCAUCAUCCCUAGCUAGCAGGACCAGUGGUCAGAGAUGAUGGGAGUUGUAGUCCAACUACAGUUGGGGACCCAUGUUUGACCAACACAGUCUCAUCUUCUAGGCCAGCAAUUUGUUUAGAUUCCAAUAGAUAGACAGAUAUUUAGAGACAUGCACACCUUACCCUGUUCCAAGGACAAUAUUGCUAAUACAGGCAUUCCCCCCACUAGGGUUGGGCGAUACCUGGUUUUCAACAUUGUGAUAUAUCACCAGCUAAACACCACAAUUUAGUGAUAUAUCAUGAUUUUUGAAACUUGGAACUAUGUAGGGGGGUGAAGGUUGGGUGAAGGAGCAGUCUGUGGAGAUCAUGCAGGUUGGGGGGGUGCAGAUCGGGUGUGUGGCUGGGCAAAGGAACAUCACACUUCAAAAGGACCUUGACAGAUUAGAGAACUGGGCCAAAACAAACAAGAUGAAUUUUAACAGGGAGAAAUGUAAAGUAUUGCACUUGGGCAAAAAAAAUGAGAGGCACAAAUACAAGAUGGGGACACCUGGCUUGAGAGCAGUACAUGUGAAAAGGAUCUAGGAGUCUUGGUUGACCACAAACUUGACAUGAGCCAACAGUGUGACGCGGCAGCUAAAAAGCCAAUGCAAUUCUGGGCUGCAUCAAUAGGAGUAUAGCAUCUAGAUCAAGGGAAGUAAUAGUGCCACUGUAUUCUGCUCUGGUCAGACCUCACCUGGAGUACUGUGUCCAGUUCUGGGCACCACAGUUCAAGAAGGACACUGACAAACUGGAACGUGUCCAGAGGAGAGCAACCAAAAUGGUCAAAGGCCUGGAAACGAUGCCUUAUGAGGAACGGCUAAGGAGCUGGACAUGUUUAGCCUGGAGAAGAGGAGGUUAAGGGGUGAUAUGAUAGCCAUGUUCAAAUAUAUAAAAGGAUGUCACAUAGAGGAGGGAGAAAGGUUGUUUUCUGCUGCUCCAGAGAAGCGGACACGGAGCAAUGGAUCCAAACUACAAGAAAGAAGAUUCCACCUAAACAUUAGGAAGAACUUCCUGACAGUAAGAGCUGUUCGACAGUGGAAUUUGCUGCCAAGGAGUGUGGUGGAGUCUCCUUCUUUGGAGGUCUUUAAGCAGAGGCUUGACAACCAUAUGUCAGGAGUACUCUGAUGGUGUUUCCUGCUUGGCAGGAGGUUGGACUCGAUGGCCCUUGUGGUCUCUUCCAACUCUAUGAUUCUAUGAUUCUAUGAUUCUAUUCUAUGGAGAUUGGGUGUGCCAGUGAGCAAAGAAGCAUGGAGAUCAGGCUUGCAGGAAGCAAAUCAGGCGUACACACACACAGAAGGGAGCAAGGAAGGAAAGAGGCUUGAAGAACACAGGGCAAUGUGGUGGGUUUUUGUUUUUUUAUUUCGUGGCGUCUGUGAGGGAAGUCAGCGUCUCAGCAUCAGUGGCUUCAUGAAACCAUGCUUUCUCCCAGCUGCUUCCAGAUAAAUCCACAUUGAAGACUCACACAAACUGUGAUUCAUGACGCAUUGCCAUGUCAAUUAUUUUUAGACAGUUAUUGGGAUGUGAUCUAGAAACCGGUAUUGGACGAUAUAUCAAUAUAUCGCCCUGCCCUAUCCCCUACAUACACAUGAUUGAAUCACACACAACCGUGUAUAUGUGUGGUGCUGGGAAAUAGAUAGAUUCAAACCAGGAAAUGGCAGGAGAGAGCUGGAGAGUCCUCAUGGCUCAUGAGAAGACCCUUCUAGUAGCUUGAAGAGGACGUCAGUGAGAGCAGAGGAAGCCCCAAAGAGACCAGAGGCACAGUGGGGCUUUGUUUAAGCUGCUCAGCCUCCCUGCCUAAUAGCUGACGCAUGGGGUAGCACAGCAGCCGCUGCAGCCGCCACUUACCCAGGCAUCAUCCCAGCUGGUCCCAGGGCUUCAAUUCUAGCUGGAGAAAGUUGUGGGGAGAGAGAGCUGGAGAGCUGGAACAAACAGGUAUUCCAAGGCUUUUUAGAGGGCGCUCCUCACUCAUGCAAUAUUCACUUAUGUGGGGGGGGGGGGGGGGACUUAACCACCACAUAAGUGGGGUGAUGCCUGUACUAAAAAUUAUAUUCCUGUACUAUAGAAACAUCUUCCAAAUUUAAAAGCAUGGAGAGGAUAACAUUUACAGGCAGUGGAGUUAAGCCAAAAAGAGAUACUGAUUUAUUAGUAUAUAUGCAUGCAUGUUUUUAAUUUUACGAACUGUAUAUUUUUUGGGGAGGGGUCAAAGGGACCUCAGCCCCUAGGAGUUGACUUCUAUGCUCAAGGCUAAUGGUGAACACUGGGGAAAUUGAGUUUUGGAAAGGGAGGUGGAACACACAUAGGGAGCGCACUAGCUUUGAUCCUGUGUGAACUUCCCUUGGCUCAUCUGCAUAGGAAGGCACCUGUGACAUUCUGAGCAUACCUGGUCUUCUCCAUGCAACUGUAUCCCUGGUCUCCUUGCCAUUGCCGCAUGCCUGGUGGGUGCCAUUAUGAGAAUGGGGUCUUACCAAAGUCAUGAAUUUCCCUUUCUUUGGCAAGGUCUUCUCUUUAUCAUCUGCACCACCACAGUGUCUGUGGGCUGAAUCCAUUUACCUCCCCCUCUGUCUUUUCUUACCCCCACUCUACAGUGGUAGUACCAGUCUCACAGUGAGUGGGACCCACCUGCUGACGAUCCAGGAGCCCCGGGUUCGAGCUGCCUAUGGGGGAAUAGAAACCAUCAAUGUGAGUCUUCUGUGGAGUGGGCUAAACUGAUGCAGACUGAGCGUGCAGCAAAAAAGAGGCAAUUGACAGACAUAGAGGAGAGAGGGAGGGAGAGAGAAGGGAUUUGCACCAUCAGGUUAGCUACUCUGCUCUAAGAAACAAUAUACCACUCACCCAUAUUGUGUAUCAACCAGUACUAUCACUUGGCUUAAAACAUGUUUGUUGAUCUACAGAUCAGUCCUCCAUACCCUGGAGUUCAAGAGCAGAAUGUCCAUUGCACCUGUAGUUCUUAACUUCAAACUUUUGCCAGGUUUUCACUUCCGCUUUUAAACUGUCCAUCUUUUGUGCAUUAAAUUUGUGUGAUUGUAGCUGGCCAGCCGCCAAGUGUGUAAAGCUGUGAUUGCAUAAGUUGAAUGCACACCAGUUGCGAGUUGACUGUAUAUAAACUCACUGCACAUUCUCCCUCCACCGUCUGAGAGAAGGUCUGUAGCUUAAGGAACUAUUCAGACAUAUGAUCUCCCACUUUCAUUCUGGAUGGUGAAGUUCAGAAGGAAACUCCAUAAUGUGAUAUAUAUUUUCUUAAUCAUGUAUUUCCACUCCCAAGACUCUGUAAGUAAAAACCAUAAAAUGUAAACCAUAAAAUUGUAAGUAAAACCAUGAAAUGGUUCUUAAACAUAUCUGUCUCUGUCUUGAAUCCAAGAUAAAGAUUAGGAGGCCCAAAGCAUUCUGGGAGGGAGGGAGGGAAUAGUCCUCCCUUCCAAGCCCUUAAAAGGCAACAUACUUUUUGAGCUAAUUGUGAAAGCCAAGACUCUGCAUGUCAGAAGUAAGGACUGCUUGUCUUUGAGACAGCAGAGUAGGUAUGCGCGGUUGGGUGUUGAAGGUCAGAAGCCAAGUGUAGCGGAUUAUUCUUUGUUCCCCCUCAGUUGUGGGGUGUCUGUUUUUCCUUCCUUGCAGAGUUGCCAGGUACUGAAUGACUCGGUGAUGUUGUGCAAGGCCCCUGGCAUCAUACCUGGGGAGCAGGCCCUGCCCCUUGCAGGUGCUCACCCUGACGAGUUUGGCUUCCUCUUGGAUGAUGUGGCAGCCGCACGUACCUUGAACCGCUCAGCCUUUACCUACUACCCUGACCCCAGCUUUGAGCCGUUUGGUCCCAGCGGCAUCCUGGAGAUUAAGCCUGGAUCCCAUGUAGUCCUCAAGGUACUGAAGCAGUUUGUGUCAGGGCUUUUAAAACGUUAAUGGUUGAAACCCUCAAGCCAAUCAAAUGAUAGCCUGCUCAAAGCCUACUGAAUAAAAACCAUGACAGAAUUAUUUUGUCCAGCAUGAUGUAGCUUUUUACCUUUUGGUUAGAGAUAAGCAUUCCAAAAAAGAAAGGAGUGCCUAUUUUAUGGUUGUGGCAUUCAAAUACAUUGGUACCUCAGGUUAAGUACUUAAUUCGUUCUGGAGGUCCAUUAUUAACCUGAAACUGUUCUUAACCUGAAGCACCACUUUAGCUAAUGGGGCCUCCUGCUGCCGCUGUACGAUUUCUGUUCUCAUCCCAAAGCAAAGUUCUUAACCCGAGGUACUAUAUUUCUGGGUUAGUGGAGUCUGUAACCUGAAGCAUAUGUAACCCGAGGUACCACUGUACAGAAUUCGAUCAGAAAUUGAGAAUUUAGUUUUCUUUCAUAUAUAUUUUAAAAACUUUUUUCUAGACCUUAUAACAGCAAAGUAGGUGUGAGUAAAUAUAGGACUUGUUUGGUGAAAUCUGGUUGAGAUGGUCUGAGGAGGAUUCCCAAUGAUUAAGGAAUUUAGUUUUAGAUCCUUGCCUUUCUCCAUGGAUAAGAGAAAUAUACAAUUCUGUACUGGCUGCAGAGAAUGAAUGUGCUUUUUGGUGCUAUGUUGAAUGGACUUUGUGCAGAGUGGGUACCCAAUUUGCACUUUGAGAGCCCUGGGCUUGGACUCAAGAGACUCUUCUCCAUGCCUAGAUUCAGGGUCCUGUGACAGAAUGCUCCCAUAUCUUCACUCAUAUUCCUGUGUCUUUCAGGGCAGGAACCUGAUCCCAGCAGUAUCGGGCAGCGCACGACUCAACUAUACAGUCCUAAUCGGCGGAGAGCCCUGCAUCCUGACCGUCUCAGAGACCCAACUGCUGUGUGACUCACCAAGCCAAACCGGGGAACAGCCAGUUACGGUACACCUAUCAUUGGAAGCCAGGGAGGGAAGGGGGGAUGUGGAGCAGAUGGGACCAGUCUGCCCAUUCCAGGGAGAACUGCCAAUGCUAUGGACAUGUAAGGGGUUGUCCAGUGAGUGAUUUGUCCUGGUGAUGUGACAUAGUAGUAUGCAUGUGUUAGCCUGAGGAAUGUCAUCCCCGCCCCUCCCCGGCAAGUGUAGGUACACAGCUGGUGGGUAGACCUGCCCAUCCUGCCCAACUAAAAGAAAAAAAUUGCAGAACAGAGCACGCCAUACAUCUAGGUUGAAGAGUGUGGGAUAUGCUAGGGUUCUCUCACCAAAUAGUACUUACCCCAAACCUGGAUUUUGGCAUCUCGGAAUUCUCCUUUUUUCCCCUUGCCACCAACAAAAAGGUCAACAAUGUUCCAAGAACAAGUCCUGAUGUCCAAAAAGAUAUGCCCUAUGUGCAUUUGAGGGCUGUUCCCCUGAGCUAAGCUGCUGGACCUCAUUGUUUUCAGAGACAGCACAUAUCCUGAACAGCAGAUGCCAGUUAGUUAAAUGUACAAGGGGAUGGGAGAGCUGUUGUCUUAGUGAUGGUGGACUGUAUUAAUAGGCCCUUGGCCUGAUGCAGCAGGGGUGCUUCUCCUGUGUGACCUGGCUUUAAUCUCUUGCUCUUCUUUUUGUAGAUCCUGGUGGGGGGUCUCUCGUUCUCCCCUGGGACCUUACACAUUUACCCUGAGACAGCCCUGCCUUUGCCGGCUCUUGUUGGGUUAGGUGCAGGAGGAAGUCUGCUUCUGGGCGCUAUCAUUGGGGUGCUGGUGGCCUACAAGCGGAAGACUCGGGACGCUGACCGUACUCUGAAGCGGUUGCAGCUGCAGAUGGACAACUUGGAGUCUCGCGUGGCCCUGGAGUGCAAGGAAGGUAUUUAGGGGGCUGGGAAAUAAAGGGACGUGAAUGUAGGGGGCAGCAACAUUGCCUUUUGGGCCCAAGGUUGGUAGUUGUUGCUGGAACGUGUUAAUGUAAUCUUUGGCAUCUCCUCUCUAAGGAGGCGACUGGUGCCAAUGUAGGUCUUUGGGCACAAAGGUGCCUUCUCUAGUUGUAGCCUCCAAGAUGGAGUGUGGAAGUCCAGCUCCCGCUGGGGAGGGAUGCAUCAGGACUGGUUCCCAGGGCAUGGAAUAGUUCCUUUUGUAGAUUGGAAAGAUGUGCAGCCAUUAUGGGCUCCAUAUUCUUUUCACAGCAAAUAGUUUGUGGCAGUCACCAGUUCCUGUAACACUGCGACAAGGCCAGCCCAACCAUUCAGGAGAGUGGGAUGGCUGCAUCAGACAGCUAAUUCUGGGUGUCAUGAAGGGACAGGAACCCAGGAGUUAUUGAAGGUAUUUCUGAUAGUAUCUCCACUCGCAAGGAGAGAUGCUUGUGGGAUUUUCUGUCUCAUUUGCCAGAAUAACUUGGCCAGCUUCAAGAUGGCCAUGAUUGGGGGUGGGAUUUGCCGUUCUGCUUCAUGUAACAAAAUGUAUUUGGUUUAUAGGUAGCAAAAGUCUUUGGUUGUCAGUUUAUCCCACAACCAUCCCUAUUUUGUUCCCAUUUUGUGAAAUAGUUGAGUGUUGGGAGUUUUCUGUUAACGUAUUAAUUCACAGAAUUUAGGUUUCAGCCCCUCCUUGGGUGUCUCGAAAUUAAAUCUCUGGUGUUUCUCUGGGGGUGGCUGGGCAAGAAGGGCAGAGAAGGUCCGCCUAAACUCUAGAUGGCAAAGACAUGGGCAUAGGCACAAAAUGCCAAGGUACCAUUCCCGCCCCCCCAUUUUCCCACUACUGCACACCAUGACUAUCUGUCCCAAUAGACACACAUUCCCUGCCUUAGAAAACAGUUUAGAACAAAGAGCAGAAAGAGAAGAACCUUCAGCAAUAAGAGUGCAGUCAUCUUAGGCAGUAAUUUCUGGUGUGAAUAUGUGUCAAAAAUCCACAAAAGCAUUCCUUUGUGUGAAAUGUUGAGAAGGUUGUGCUUGAUACAGCUUGGUGGGCUCAGAGAAAAGGCACUUGCCAUGAAUGGUCCUUAAUGAGAAAUGUGGCAGCUUCUGGAGAACCCUAGGAACCCAGGUGUCUUUAAAUUCUUUGGCUCCCUUAGGUUUCAAAAGCCUAGGGGUGGGGUUUUUUGGGGGGGGGGAUUACAGUGGAGAAGGUUGCCCGUUAUGCAUGGUCUCCAACACUUUUGACCAUCUUCCACCUUCUUCAGCUUUUGCUGAGCUGCAGACAGAUAUUAACGAGCUGACAAACAACAUGGAUGGUGUGAAGAUCCCUUUCCUGGACUAUCGGACCUAUGCAAGGCGUGUGCUUUUUCCAGGGGUGGAUGAGCACCCAGCGCUGCAGGAGACCAGUGUAAGUUGCAAUGCAGGGGGAGAGACAGGGACCUGGCAAAGGUUUUUGCUUUACAGGUGGCAGAAAAGGGAGAUCAGAAGCUGGUGUUUUGUGAUCUCCAUAUGACACAAACCAAGUCAUGGAGGAACCACCAAGUCCAUGGUGGUGGGGUUCUUGCAUGUUGAAGUCUUGGCCUUCUAGCUUUUGGGUGCAGGUCAGUCCCCUGCCCCACUUUGGUAUUUCCUCCAUUGAGGUACAUGUUCUUGAACUACUUGUUUGGCCUCGCUUAGACAAAUUAAUGGAGGAUAGGCUAUCAAUGGCCACUAACCAUAAUGUCUAUGUCCUGCCUUAUCAAUCGGAAGCAGGUGUGCCUCUGUAGAUGGGUUGCUGGGAAUCAGUCACAAGUGGGCAGAGUGCAGUUGCACUCGGGUCAUGCCUCUGGCCUUCCUUAUAGGCACAUGGUUGGCCAUUGUGAGACCAGGACGCUGUACUAUGAUGAGGCCUUUGGCCUCAUCCAGCAAGGGUCUUCUGCCUGUCAGCCCCCAAAGACACCUAUCUCAUUGCUGUUGGAAACAAGAAACUGGUCUAGGUGGGUCCUUGCUCUGAUCUAGCAGCAAAGGAUGUUCCUAUUCUUUUAAUGCUCUUAUGCAGAAGAGACAAGAGUCAAUAGUGCAGAUGACAACAUUCCUCUCUCAGUGGCCAUCUUGUGAGCAGCAGCAUCUCAAAGACAUGUGCAAAGUUUCAGGACCCUCCAUGGGAAUGUUUUUAAUGUGCAUGACCAUUUUCCAGGUGUCCUGGCUAGCUCAAGGGGUGUGUCUCUCUCGCUUCUCUUGCCCUCCACAGACGCCACCGAGCACAGAGAAAGGCCUCCGCCUCUUCGGGCAGCUGCUGCACACGCGGCCCUUCCUGUUGACCUUCAUCCACACCCUGGAGGGACAGCGUGGCUUCUCCAUGCGGGACCGGGGGGCUGUUGCUUCCCUGACUAUGGUGGCUCUGCAAGGCAGGCUGGACUAUGCUACUGGUGUGCUGAAGCAGCUGCUGGCAGACCUCAUUGAAAAGAACCUGCAGAACCGUGCGCACCCCAAGCUCUUGCUCCGCCGGUGAGAGGCCUUCUUUGCUCCUCCCCACCACUUAAUGCCAUAAGCCUUUAACCCUCACAUUGCCACCAAACAAGUGCCAUAACACCCUCAAUUGCCUCCCCAUCUUCUAAACAAAAGAUUGCCAGACCCCGUUAAGGCUGGGAACCACGUAUCAGCAUCGUGCUGGUACAGUCAGCUACAUUUGCCCCUCUGCAGCACUUCCACACAGAGCUGCUAUGGGUCCUCAGCCCCUGCUAGCCCUGCCAUGUUCCACCUCUUAACAUGCAAACUUCUGUGCUGCUCUCUGCUGAAUUUCUCCCCAUCUUUCCAGUCUGGUGGACUGAAUUGAUGCUGUGUGUCUCUGCCUUCCCCUCCAAAUGUCCCUGUAAUUCCAGGGGCUGGGGGCAGCAGCAUCCCAUUUGUUGGAGUGAACAUUGUUGGGGCAGAGGAAGUAGGGAGGUCAAGUUUCUAGUCCCUGUGACAUGGCAAAGGGGUUCCCAGAUUUAUGCGUAUUUCUCUUCACAGCUGUGGGGGGGGGGCACUGAGGAUUCCCUCCACCUCCCACAUGUGGGGAACUCAGCUGUCUGUGCUCUCUCUUUUUCUGUUUUCCCAGGACGGAGUCCGUAGCUGAGAAGAUGUUGACAAAUUGGUUUACUUUCCUGUUGCACAGGUUCCUCAAGGUGAGUGCAUGCAAGCGAAAGAGAGGGGGGCAGGCAGGGGGAGAGAGAGAAGUGAGAGAGAUGGAACGGGGCCUCUGACAUCUGGGUCCUGGCCCUUAUUCUGGCAGAGAGCAGGAAUCUAAAGGGGGCUGAGGGAAACUAGAGGCCAAAGAUCCAGAAUUUUCUACCCAUGGUCUUUGUCCUGGGGAUAGGGAGUUGGGAAUGGGAGUUAUGUGGAUAGGGAAGGAAAUGUUUUGCAUGCAUCAGCUUCCAUGUCCAAUCUCUAGGAUCUGUAGUUUGAAAAAUGACCAGGUAGCAGGGGAUGGCAGCCAUGGCUGGUCCAUUAGGCCAAGCAAUUCGCAUCCCUACCACCUUGGUUGGCCCUGCUGCCUGCCCUCCUUACUUACAACCGGUCGAGGAGUGUGUAGCCCUGCCUGCCGCCUGCCACCUCCUUAUUCAGCAGGGAGGAGGAAUGGGAGUAAGGAGGAACUCAAAUGUGUCGGCUCUGCCUCUCACUGGCUGUGGUUGCGUCUGUCACUGCCUAUGCCUACUGCUGGACCCCUUGCCUCCUGGGUGAUGGAGAGCACCUUUCUCUGCCAGAGGCCCUGAUGCCAAAGUAGAUGGAUAAUAAUCUGACCCUGGGAUAAGGGAGCUUCCUAUGUUCCUUGCCUAUGAACCUCUCUCUUCUUCCCCACCCCAGGAAUGUGCUGGGGAGCCGCUAUUUAUGCUAUUCUGUGCCAUCAAGCAGCAGAUGGAGAAAGGACCCAUAGAUUCCAUCACAGGCGAGGCUCGCUACUCGCUGAGCGAGGACAAGCUCAUUCGCCAGCAAAUAGAUUACAAGACCUUGGUGAGGAUGCUGGUGGCUGUGCCACGCCUCUUCGUAGUCUGGGGAGAGAACAGUUUAGUUUGCUCUGUGGGCGGGGGGUUGUUGUUGCAUAGGCCAGUCUGGCUUGCAGUCUUGGUGGUUUAGAGGACUCCAGGCCACCAAAUUUGAAGAGAUAAGCAGCAGCCUAACAUUUUAAUAGGGACGCGGGGUGGCGCUGUGGGUUAAACCACAGAGCCUAGGACUUGCCGAUCAGAAGGUCGGCGGUUCAGAUCCCCACGAUGGGGUGAGCUCCCAUUGCUCAGUCCCUGCUCCUGCCAACCUAGAAGUUCGAAAGCACGUCAAAGUGCAAGUAGAUAAAUAGGUACCGCUCCAGCAGGAAGGUAAGUGGCGUUUCCGUGUGCUGCUCUGGUUCGCCAGAAGCGGCUUAGUUUAGUCAUGCUGGCCACAUGACCCGGAAGCUGUACGCUGGCUCCCUCGGCCAAUAAAGCCGAGAUGAGUGCCGCAACCCCAGAGUCGGCCACGACUGGACCUAAUGGUCAGGGGUUCCCUUUACCUAACAUUUUAAUGGCAGGAAACAUAACUUUAUGGGGCUGACCUACUUAAGCCUCAAAUGGGGCUGCCUUAAAGGAAGAAAGUUCCACAAAGUUCCAUAGAGCUGGAGAGAGGAACAGGGAAGGGUGAGAUUAGCCCAGUGAUGCCAAAGACUGCUGUGUGCCUGUGUGGUGCAUGCUGGACUUUGGCUAAGGUGAGGCACUAGGUUCUGCUUACAGGCAGCUGGGGGAGGGGCAAAACAGGGGUCCAUUCCUACAGUUCUAUGUAGGGAUAAAAGUUUGGUUUGUUUGUUUUUUACUUUUGGCUGACCGCGAAAAGAAUUGGCCUUCCCCUGUUUCCAUCCUGGCGUAGAUUAGGCAACCUGCUCUUGGACCUCCAUGUUAGUUUGGCAAUAAAAAGGUUAUCAAAAUAUCUCCAAUUUCAUACAUUGGACUGACCCCAAAUGCAGCAAUGCUGGAACUGCAGUUGCUCACAAAUGGUCGUUGGGGAUGUGAGGAAUGACCAGGGCUGAAAAACUGCCUAGGUAUGACCCUGGGCAAAUGUAACUAGGGAUGCAUGAGCCUUGAAACUGUGAUGAUUGCAACGUUAGCAGGUUUUUUCUCUGUUUCCAGACUCUGUUAUGUACCCCUCCUGAGCCCCCUGGGGGCCCUGCUGUGCCUGUCAAGGUAUUAAACUGUGACUCAGUGACGCAAGUGAAGGAGAAGCUGCUGGACGCUGUGUACCGUGGGGUGCCCUAUUCCCAACGCCCACGUGCCGAAGACAUGGAGCUGGGUAUGAAGGCAGGAACAUGGGAGAAAGCAGGUGGGGCUGGGAGCAUGGAUGGACACCUUGGUUUUUAGCCACUGGGCUUAGGCUAGGGGUGGAGAACCUUGGUUCCAGCAGAUGCUCUUUGACUGUAGGUCCCGUUAUCCCUAACCACAGGCCAUGCUGACUGGGGCUGAUGGGAAUUUCAGUAACAACAACAUCUGGAGGGCCACAGGCUCCCCAUCCCUGGCUUAAGUUGUAACAAAAUUUGGGGGGGGGAGCCUGGGAGAGAUAAUACCAAGCCAGCUCUCUCCUCAUUGACCUCCUUUUUCACCCCAGAAUGGUGUCAAGGCAGUGGGGGACGAACCAUUCUGCAGGAUGAGGAUGCCACAAGCAAGAUUGAAGGAGACUGGAAGCGGCUCAAUACACUUGGGCAUUAUCAGGUAACCGGUUUCCCUUCCACCCAGCUCAGGGCCAUCUAGAUGAACUACCCUGGAUUCCUAAUAUGUUUACCAUAGCCUGGGGAAAAUGGGAAAACGCGGUAGAGUUUGGGAGCAAGCCGCUUCCGAGCAGUACAAGGUGUGAGGGCUGUUCUGUAUUCCUUAGGAAUAUUUCUGGCAGGAAUCAGGAAAUAAAUAAUGCUUUGCACGCCAUAGAAGAUUUGAGGAGCGGAGUAGAGCAGGUUGCGAGGGGGGUGGAAGAGGGGGCCGUGCAUGUGAGUGUCUUGACCAAGCAAAGAACACUGGAUUACCUCAAGAAUACAGCUCAAGGAGUCAUACUCCGUACUGUUUGGAAGCUUCAGUGACAAACUGUAUUCUGGGGGAUUAUCCUAGCUCUCUUCUUGUGUGCUGAGGUAGAAAGAAGCUGAUUGUAGCAUAAUGGCUUAAGACUUCAAGGCAGGAAGAUCCCUGUUCAAAUCUUGUCUCCAUCAUAAAUUCACUAUGUUGGCCACUUAAGCCAAGCCACUGUUCUCUCAGGUUCACAAACACAUAUGCUUGCACACCCUCCCAUAUAAUAAUAAUAUUGGCCUACUUUACAAGGCUGUUACAAAGAUAAUGCAGGUAAAAUGCAUUGAAAAUUGCAAAUGUAUUAUUAUUAUUAUUAUUAUUAUUAUUAUUAUUAUUAUGUCAAUUUUUGUUCUCUCCCCCCCCCCCCUUUUAACCCCAUCUUUACCUGUCCCACCCCUGCCAUCCCUGCCAUUCAAUGUGCAGGUAGCAGAUGGCUCUGCAGUGGCGCUGGUUCCUAGGCAGGCAUCGGGCUACAAUAUAGCCAGCUCUUUCACUUUCACCCACUCGCUGAGCCGCUAUGGUAAGGAAUGACACAUCCUGCUCAACACUCCCCAUUCCCUCUAAUGCUUGGCUGCUCUAAGUGACCAAUGGCUCCUGCCUUUCUCUCUCUGACAAGGUAACACAAUGUUGUGCAAAGUUAUGCUGUGUUUUUUGGGUGGUGGUGGAGUCGAAUUCAGCUCCCCACCCCCCACCCCAUUGCCCCUAAAGUUUGAGAGGAUGAAAAUGCAUCUUCCAUCCUUCUGUACACUCUAUACAAGAAUCUUCAACCUCCUGUCCUGCCCCCCCCCAAAUUAAUUCUGUGCUCAGACAAUCCAUAUUUUGGAUUAUUCAGUCUAUAUACACUAAUUUAUGCAAAUUUACAUACUUCUUCCAUUUUUCAUAAUUUCUCAUUGUUAGCCAUGGGUUUAGUCACUGCCCUCAACCGCUGGAACUCUUAUUCAGCCGCACUUCCUCAAUAUAAUUAUUAUUAAAAGCUGAUGCUGAAUUCUGCACAUCGUGUUGCCUGUUUUGUGCUUCCUCUUCAUUCCUGCUGAAUCACAGCACAUGCACAGGUCCACGAAGCUGGAAUUAAUGCACACAGGGGUGCUGUGUCCUUGGCCUUGUUCUCAGAGUCCAUAGAGCUGGUCACAGCUCUUUCCUGACCUGUUGGCUCUUUUGCAAUGCCAUCUGUCAGUGUUUCACCUGAGCCCUCCUGAGCCGAGAAUGCAACCUUGUGCAGGCAGCAUUUUUCUGUUGUCCAUCUAUGUGACCUGGUUCCCUGCUGUAUACAAUGUGAACUGGAGCGUAAGAAGAUUUGUCCUUCACAAGUGAAGUGUCCUUUCUUACUGUGUGACACAGCAAGCCUCUGGCCUUUUGUGGCUUGCCCUAUUAUCACCUAAGCCAGGUGGCCUUUCAAGGAGGGCUAUUGCCACGUCCAAACUUCUUAUCCCUAAGCUUUCUUCCAGCACCACCCUGGCCUGGCUGUAAUUAUGUUUGCUAUUCCAAGCCUGGAAUGCAUGUAAUUUUACUGCCACUCCCACUCUGUGGCUUUGUGGUUGGAGGGGAACGGGGAGUGGUUCACUUGGCCUAUGGAGCCUGGUGGUUUUGGUAUUACCAGUACCUGCUUGGGUGCAGGCACUCUUCAAGGCUGAAUAAAUGCAAACCUGUCCUUCAGGUGAGCUUCUGGUGUAGAGCAAAGAUUGAAAGGAGGUGCAUGGGACCCAGGCUCUUGAGGGUUGGUCUUGAGGGCUGACAUGGGCAAAGCUCAUAAGAGGUUCUUGCUCGUCCCCCCCCCCCCCAAUCUUCCACAGAGAGUUUGCUCCGCACCUCUAGCAGUCCAGAGAGCUUGCGCUCACGAGCCCCCAUCCUCACUCCGGAUCAAGAUUCAGGUACCCGUCUCUGGCAUUUAGUCAAGAACCACGAGCAUCUUGGAGACCCUAAGGAGGGGGAACGAGGGAGCAAGAUGGUGUCUGAGAUCUACCUCACAAGGCUCCUUGCCACCAAGGUAUGUCAUGAAAGGAACUGAAUCACUGAAAUGGGGGCUUGGCUAGUUUUAAAAGCUCCUUGCCCAAACCAGGCAGGCAGAAGAUUCUGUACCAAUCUGUAAAUCAAUCCGCGGCAGACAUUUUUCCUUGAAAACUGCCAAGGAAAAGAUAUUUUUUGUGUGCUUAACCUAAAAGUGACUUCCUGUUCCUGUUUUUGUUUUAAAAGAACCUCAUUGCAGUUCUCCCUGAUAUCCUUUUUAACAAUUGAAGAAUUAUCACUCUAUUUUCCUCUGCCUUGUUGGUAUUUUCUCUUUGGUAUAUGAAACGCAUUGAGCUUCUUCUUCCAACCUUUCAUUAUAUAACCUACAGAUCUCUGUAGUUCUAGUCUUCAACAAAGCCCUAUUGGAGCGGGCCCAGGUUAAGAGUGAGGCGAGAGGGGGCACGUGCUCCAGGCAGCAGGUACAGGGGGCCCACAAAACAGCAUCCAAAACAGCCAUCCGGGCACUUGCAUGGCAAGUCGUUGCAUUCCAACCAACCAUCUCUUCCAAUAAGUAAAGCAUAGCCAGGAAUGCAAGGAGUCACUGAAUGUGUGCUUGAGGGGCAGCUGUUCUAUGGCCAGUUGCAGCUUACUCACCACUUCUAGGAGGAGGAGGCUGGCUGUAAAAGGGGCACCUCCUUGCUCACCCCAGGAAGAGAAAGGUGAGGAGCCCAGCGGCAGUGGGAUGACACAAGGAGAGUUUCUCCCUUUGUCCCUCCCUGGUUGCUCCUUGCUUUCCUCUUCCUGGGGCAGACAAGGAGGGCAGACCUUUCUACAGCAGCCAGCAGAAGGCAGCAGUGCAGCCUUUGCCUCCUAGGGCAAAUUCUGUAGAUCUCACACUGUCUUGGGGGAGACAUUUCCCCACAGUCCUCUUCAUGUUUCUGGCCUUGUUUAGUUUGGAAAAGGACUGUAGCUUAGUGGCACCGCCUCUGCUUUGCAUACGAAAGGUCCCAGGUCCAGUCCCCACUGGCAUCUUCAUGUCUGACUGGGAGACCCCUGCCUGAAACCCUGGAGAGCUGCUGCCAGUUAGUGUAAACAAUACUGAACUAGAUGGAUCCAUAGUCUGACUCUGCACAAGGCAGCUUCCUGUGUUCCGACAGCGGUCAACCCUUCACAGAGGUGGCCUGAACUCGUCUCCUGGGGCAGGGCACGCUUUGCACCACAGCCUGUCUGGAUUGCAGGGGUGUGAUCAUUGGUGCCUCUGGCCUGGGCCUUGUGGCGAACUCACUGCAGCUUCCAGUGUCUGCCAGCUGACAUCUAAGCACAGCGCAGAUACUUUAUGGACAUGGCAUGUGAUGCCACUGUCACCAAAACAUUGCCUGACAGUGAGGAAGGAAUGCAGAGAAUGUGUCAUUUGGGGUCUGAGUUGUGUGAGAUUGUUUGUGUAAUGUGAUGUGCAUACACAUGUGAUUUUUGUUUGUAUUCUACCAUUCUGCUCAUUCUAUUCUAAUCAUGUUACUUUAAUCCAGUAUUUGACUGUAAUACAUUUAGUAGCAUUUUGUGGUGCUGCUCUGGUGUAGUGGCUAAGAGUGGGCUGACACGGUUUUAUUGUUGUGAUUUAAUUUCAUUGCUCUGGCUUCCUUUAAAAAGGGAGUUGGGUGUUGAUCUUUUUAUGGUAAUAAGAAACACUAAACCAGGAGGUCCUCAGUUCAGAUCUUGUCUCCACCAUGAAUUUAUUUAAUGGUGUAAGGUAAGUCACUGUCCUCACAUCUGCAAAAUGGGGAUAUGUUGUUACAACUUUACAUAGUUAUUACAGGGAUUAUUGAGAUAAAGUACAAAUACAAAUGCCAGUUGUAAUUUAAUGAACAUGAUUUAUAGACCACUUAAUUAUCAAAAUUUCUAAGUGGUAGUAAUACUACUAUUGUGUACACUUUCCUUUUUAAACUGGCGAUCAGUACCCUUUUAUUUAUAAUAAAAACAAACACAGUGCCUAAGAUUUCCAUAAGUUGUACCUAUGUUAAAAGAUAAGAGAGUCACUGGCUGCAGGCUCACAAUUGAAUAGAUACAAAAGGAAAAGGAAUGAGGAGGGAAGAGAAAAGCACUGGAGCAGCUGCUUCUUCACUGGCCAAUGGAUGGGGCCAAGUUGUCUCCCCUUCGUCAUGUUUUUCCUGGGAGCCAGAAGAUGCAACCUCCAAGUGACCCUUGUUCCCCUGGCUUGUGUUAGAGGGCGGAGGGUGCGUCCCUUCAGCUCUGCAGGUCUGCUUGCAUAAUUCUUAUUUUAAAAAAUAUUUUCAUUGAUUUUGUUAGAUUACAACAAAAAAUAUUACUCAGAAUGAAGAACAUAAAGAGGCAAAUAAUAAUUCCCCCCUAGCAAUGACUGUCUCUCAGCAAUACAUCAUCUGCUCACAUUAUAAUAAUAGUUGCCUUGCACAGUCUUUCAAAUACAGGCAGCUACCAUUUUAGGCGCAUCUACACAGGGCCAGAUUUAGGUUUGAUGAGGCCCUAAGCUACUGAAGGUAACGGGGCCCUUUAUAUGUCCAGCUGUCCUUUGUCAAGACCUCUCCUCCUACCCGAGGGGAGGGGUUGUGAGUGGGACCCAGUUCCUAUGUUGACAGUGGGGCGUUUCAGCCCCCUGCAUCCACUUUCCAGCUCCCGCGCCCCUUCAGCCAGCCAACUGGCCUGGCUUGGGGGCAGUGUCUAGCCACACUUAAGCAGCCGCGGCAGGGCUGCACCCUCACUUUGCUUCCAGAAUUUGACGGAUCACCCGCCCACCCUCCCUUUAGGUCAUCUCUACGCUUUUGACAUGGCUAUGGACCUUGGUUGGUUGCCUUGGUUGGCCAAGAAGCCUGGUAGGAAUUUUUAUCCAUUUGGCUAAUUGGCUCCAGCCUCUUGGUUUUUCACCUACCUCGUAGCAAAUGGUCACAACUUUUCGGGUAUUGGCAGUUAGGCAUUGGAAUAUGUGUGGUGUGUUGGAGGGCAGGUUGUGGCCAUCACCUACCCCUCACCUUUUGGGGAUUCCAUUAAAGGGAUCUGGCGGUCGUGGAUCCUGUCCUAUGCCCUACUGGUGGCUAGGGCCAUGGCACUACCCCGGGAAAGGGGAAGCUUCCAGUUGUAUUUGCAUCAACAAGCUCCUCCCACUGGUUGUUAACCCUUGAAUGACUCCCCGCUGAGCAGGGUGGAGUCAUGUAUAGAUUGUUUGAUCCAAUGCCUAAGCCAAUACCACUCACAUGCUGUAACCAACAAAGCUGUGGCCUUAUUUACCCCAUUAACCUAAAAUACAUGUGUCUUUGUGUCUUAUUUAUCCCUAAGCGGGUGGCAGGUCCUCGACUCACAACAACAAAUUGUUGGUUUUUUUGUGUUGAAUAUAUUCUAUAUGGUAAUUUAUGGACCUAAUAGGUAUCUAAAGCCAUUUGCCACUGUUGCUGUAUGUAGGUUUUUUUCCUUCUAAUUUUUUUGGGGGGCCCAAGAGAGUGGGGCCCUCAGCUACAGCUUGUUUAGCUUAUAUGCAAAUCCAGCACUGCAUCUACAGGGCGCGCGAUUGAUGAGGUGUGAAGAGGGAAGAACGGGGGUGGAGUGGGGGGGCAGAAUGGGGCAGGGCGGAUGGUGCUCGGCACAUGGGAGCUGGGAACAGAACCCUGGCGCAAAAUGGUCGUCGCCUGUAUCUCUUAAGGCUUAUCCAUUCUGCAAAUGAGAUUGGUGUCAAGCUUCCAAUUGAAUGGUCCCCUCAGGAGAAGUGGCAACCAUUUAAACUCGUGUAAAACUGGCUUACAAUGAAGUGUAGAUGUGCCCUUAUUUGAGACUGUGUCCCAAAUCAAGAAUACUAUGGCAGAGAUGAUUUGGGAGGCUACUGCAAUAGGAGAGUUCAAGAAAAUCAGGGACGGUGUCUGGAGCAGAAUAGUUAGGGAAACAAAAGGGAUUAGAUGUGCUUGUGAAUAUUAUGUAUACAAUUGCAAGAUGGAAGCGUGGUGCUAUUUUCCGUGGGAGUGCUCCCCAUGUUCUCCAAAUGUUGGCAGUUGUUCUCUCCAUCCAUCCAUCCCAGAAAUUGUUCUCUUCUGCUUCUUCAGGGCACAUUGCAGAAGUUUGUAGACGACCUGUUUGAGACUGUGUUCAGCACAGCACACCGGGCCAGCGCACUCCCCCUGCCCAUCAAAUACAUGUUUGACUUCCUGGAUGAGCAGGCAGAGCGAAGGCAGAUUGGGGACCCUGACGUGCGACAUACCUGGAAAAGCAACUGGUGAGACCUUUGGCUUUGGCCCUUUGGCCACCAGCCAGUACCCUAAAGUAAUAAAUCUUCUUCUUUGGUGAUCACUUGUAGCCGAGUAAGAUUGUCUUCCAUGAAUGUGGUCUUAACAGUGAGUCCGUAAGUGACUGUGGAGCCCCAUCCUUCCACAGUGGGGACAUAGGUUUCUGAGCGGGUGUUGAUCAUGUUGAGGAUUCGCCAAAUGUGCCUUCCUCUUAGCUCAUUUUUCUUUUUCUUCCUGAGUUUGUGCUUCUUCAAAGUCCAUGACACCUUUGGCAGAGGCUAUUCUCCAGUUGGAGCCCUCACUGGCCAGUGUUUCCCACUUGUCGGUAAUGGUAGGGAUCUGGCGGCCAGUGUGCCUAUCCUGGCUGUGGGUAACUGACAGCUGGCAUAUCAUAUUUAAGCAGAUGGGGAAAGAUUUUUUAGCCCUAAGGAAUCUUUGCACAGCUACUACCAGAUUGGCUUUGUGUAUUGCUCUUGGCCAGCCUUCAGCCAUUCAUUUUUCCAGGCUCUGUCCUACCCUUCCUUGAUUGAACAAAUCUUCUUUAGGAAGAAAUUUUCGCCCCAAGGAAUCCAGUGCUCAUGACCCCUAAGUGUUUGAUGCCAGCCAACUCUCCCCCACCUCCCAUGACCCCAAGGACUUUGCUAAUCCUCCAUUCCUCUACUUCAGGGAUUGUCAGGGGCUGGCAGGACACUGAUGAGUGUGCACCAAGGGAAUGGGGGCUGGAGUGGGGCUCAGGAGAGGGUGGGGUCAGUGGUUUGUGGAGACCUGUACCAGCCAGGAGGCAAGAAUAGGAGGUAGGGGAAGCUUCAGAGCUGGAGGAAGAGGCAGGCCAGGCAAGUGAAGGGCCGGGUGCUUUCCCAUCCUCUUCUGCACCACCAUCUCCUAGAACCAGAAGAUAAUUUAAGCAGCAGAGGAAGUUUCCAUGCAGAUGUAGUCUCCAGCUACGUUUGUGCAGCCUGUCAGGGGAAGGUACAUAAAUGGGUGGAGGGGGAAUGUUCCCCCAUUGCUGCAACUGCUCCCUAGAGCACCGACCUGGGAAUAGCUGCCUAGAUGCUAAACUGGUGUGUGUAUUUAUUCUACAGAGCUGUAGAAAUGACUCUGUUACCAUUGACAACAAAGAGUUAACUCUUUGGCAUGUGCAUUCCUUUGGCUGGGGAGCACCCUUGACUGGGAUGGAGGAAGGCCAUGAUGACUCUCAGCUAUGGGAUGUUACCUUCGUGGAGCACAGUCUGGCAAACAAGGAAGUGCUGUCUACAGGAAAUGGGCUGUAGGAGUCCUUUAAAGGGGCAGUAUCCAGUUCACUCGCUCCAUUUGCACAAGAAUAACAGAGGAGCGCCCCUGCACCCUAUACUCUCCCAAAUCUGCUCCAGAGGUUUGAAGAAACCCCUAGAUCAAUUUGGAUCUAGUGGUGAAUGUUCUUUUGUGCAGAAAUCCUUGCACUGACAUGAGCUUUCACGUAGCACUACUCAGGAUACAACCCAUUGGCUUUGAUCUCUGUGUUUUCCCAGCGUAUCAAAACAAACAAAUGAAAAACCCUCAACAAAACAUGAGUAUUGAGCUUCAACCUCUGUAAUUUCCUCACCACCACUGCCCUAUCCCUAUCUAACCCUUUGCCUCUCAUGUGUGACAGUGGGUCUUUUGAAGCUUCAUCUUUCUUCCUUUCUUCCACUGCAGCCUGCCCUUGAGGUUUUGGGUGAACGUCAUCAAGAACCCACAAUUUGUUUUUGAUAUCCACAAAAGCAGCAUUACAGAUGCUUGCCUCUCUGUGGUGGCCCAGACCUUCAUGGACUCGUGCUCCACCUCUGAGCACCGCCUGGGCAAGGAUUCCCCUUCAACAAAGCUGCUCUAUGCCAAGGACAUCCCUGUCUACAAAGGCUGGGUGGAAAGGUGAGCUACAGAGAGGGGUCACAUCAAGUUGUGUUGCCUGUACAACUGCAGAGGUGGGAUUGACCUCAGCACAUCAUCCCAAGGCAUUAUAAUGUUGGUAGGUCUUUACUGUACGAGGAUAACAAGAUCCUGCCUGAAACUUGGUUCCUUGAAUGAGGGGGUGUUUGGAUGAGGGCCAUCCUCCAACAGGUUGGAAAAGGAAUGCUGUGGCUUUCCACGAGUUCAGGACAGUCAGGAAGGGCAGGAGUCUUUGAGGGUGGGGGGGACUCUGUUACCUUGGCCUCUCUUAGCAUCUUUGGAAAGGAGGAAUCACCACUGCUGCUGUUCCACACACACAAGCGGCACACUGGAUGGGGCAGAGUUGCUGUUCUGGCAUCCUGAAGGUGGGUUGCUGUUGCUUACCAGUGAGGGAGAGAGGUGGGGGUGGGGGAGGGCAGUGUGGCGCAAAAGCACUGGCAGAAUCAAAUCAGCCCUCCUGCCAGUGUGUUUGCACCAGACUGAUUUCCACGCUGCCUCCCUCGGUAAACAACAGUGGUCUGCAAUGAAGCUAGCAUAGUGAGUCUGCCACUUCUGUCUCUAAACUGACCUCCCUAAUCUAUUGCCAGUUUCCUUAAAGCACUAGCUGAUUCAUCUUGACUAGGCAAUGGAGGGUGCUCCUGGAGGAAGCAAGGACCUGUUCAUCAACCUCUAGGCCAGGGGUAGGCAACCUAAGGCCCGGAGGCCGGAUGCGGCCCAAUCGCCUUCUAAAUCUGGCCCACAGACAGUCCGGGAAUAAGCGUGUUUUUACAUGAGUAGAAUGUGUGCUUUUAUUUAAAAUGCAUCUCUGGGUUAUUUAUGGGGCAUAGGAAUUCAUUCAUAUUUUUUUUUUCAAAAUAUAGUCUGGCCAACCACAUGGUCUGAGGGACGGUGGACCGGCCAACAGCUAAAAAAGGUUGCUGACCCCUGCUCUAGACUGAGGGAUAGUCUUGGCCCGCAAGCACAUUUUCCCCAAAUCAUACCCACCUGUUAAUCAUUUCACCAGGAUGUGUUUCUAAUCACCUGCUAGCAAAUCCUUUUAGCUGGAGGUACCUGGAAUUAAACCUGUGCCCUUCUGUGUGAAAAGCACAUGUGCUUUGCUGUAGAGCUAUGGCUUCUCCCAAGCCAGAGUUUGACCUCCACACAUGGGUUCCUUCAGUGUUGAAGUGAACACAGCUCACGUUUUGAAGGUUAUCUGUUGCACCAUAUAAGCCAUGAUAAAACAGGGGUUAUGUAGUUGUCUAUGCCUCCACGCUGUAAGUAUUUGGCCUAAGAGGUUCAAAUACGUACCAAAACUUUUAAGUUUGCACAAAGUGGAUCAAAGGGCUCUGUCAUCCUGGUGCAAUAAAUACAAUUCUAACAAAAAACCCAAACAUUUUUGCCAUUUGGAAAGUGGCAGGGAAACGCAAAUAUUCAAGAAAGAACAAAUUCUCAAUAAUCACCAGUUGUAGCCUAAUCACCAUGUAAGCUUUGUGCAAGCAAAUCAGGAUGAAUGCUCAGUAAAUACCCCCCUUGGCUCCUAUAGAAGGAAAAGUGGGAUAUAAAACUAAUUAAUUAAUUAGGUCAUCUGGAGGAGCCAUAUGGCUCUGUAUUCAACAUGGCAAAAUCUGGAGCCUUCAUUUAUAGCUUCCAUUCAUAGGAGGGACUGCAAUGCAAUAAACAUGCACAUUUAUUCACUUUGGUUUGUGUGGAAACCCUCUGCUGACGUGGGAGUGUUGAUCAAUCUUCUCUCCAAGGAAUCCAAAAGCUAUGCAUAUGUUUACCAGGUACUAUCGGGAUAUCACCAAGAUGGCUUCCAUCAGUGACCAAGACAUGGAUGCCUAUCUAGUGGAGCAAUCACGGCAGCACGCAGGCGAAUUUAACACACUGGGUGCACUGGGGGAGCUCUACAGCUACGUGGGGAGGUACCGUGAUGAGGUGAGGCUCCAGCCCAACUCUUUCCUUCCUAUUUGUUUUUCCCCCUCUCUCACCACAAUUUUCUCACAUUGUUUUCAACCUGUUAUUCAGCUAUGCUAUAAAUCUGAUGAGGAUAGAGCCUAAUUUGGACCCUACUGCAGAUCCUCUGUAAUUAAAUUGCUCAUGGGGAGGAAUUUAAGGUACCGUAGUAAGUUAAGGCACCACCGUCUACUGCCUUAUUGGUUAUCCUGUUCCCUUCUGUUUAGCCCUUGACACUCUCCUAAGAACACCCUACAUCUCAAUAGCCGGGGGUAGUGUAUGAGAGGGAUAGGGAAUCUGGACACCCUCCAGAUGUAGGUGGACUCCAGCUCCCAUCAGACCCAGUCAGCAUGGCCAGUGGUUCCAGAAGACGAGUUGGAAUCCAACAACAUCUGGAAAGUCCACGGGUUUCCCACACCUGGCUUAGGACUCCAGAGAAGGUAGAAUGACAAAUGGAGACCUCUGCUCCAUGUUUAUCCCUCUCACCUACACAUUUCCCCCGUUUGGAGCUUUCAUGCCAUAAAUCUGUUCCUUACCUAGCAUGCUGGAGAAAACAGAGAUCCCCUGCUGCCGCCACCAAGAACUGAAGGCAUUUUGAGAGGAACUGCUGCUUGUGUGUCUGUAUGCACACUCCUUGCACUCUCACCUUCAAUAAGAAAGUGUUGUCCGCUCUUCCUGCUUUUUAUUUCCGAAACCAGAAGUGGCAGUGGGCAGGGCAAAAGAACCGUGUCUCUCUGAAAGUGCAUUAUGACACUCUUUAAAACAUGGGUCGCCAACCUUUUUGAGCCACUGAGCACAUAUGGAAUUCUGAGCUGCUGUUGGGGGUGGCACAACAAAACAUGGCAACUGCAUAGGAAAAAGAAACAACCACAAAAUCGCAUGGGCAUGCCUCCCCAUUAGUGGGGAAAAGUUGGUCACCACUGCACUCACUCAUAGAGACAAGCUCUUCACCCCUCUCCUCUGUUUGGAGUGGAUGGGUGGGUGUUCAAUCCUGGCAUCCCACAAAAUGUGUCCAUGUUAAAGGGGACACAUUCCAAGGUGAGAGACUGAGCAAAUGUUCACAGGAACUGAGCAGGAAGAGCAAAAACUCUGGUGCAUUGCAAUGUUUUGGUGGAUAUUUACCAGCCCUACCUAGAGAUGCCAAGGACCGAAUCUCAGACCUUCUGCAUGCAAGCCAGAUGCUCUAGCCGAAGCCCUUCCCAUGGGAACGCCGUCGGCAAGCUCUGAUUUAAAACUAUUGCCUGAUUCCAGGUGACAGGACAGACCCCAUAAGCCUUUCUCUUUGUCUCCUGCCCCUUUCCCAGUUUUACCAGGUACUUCUCCAUCCUAGGGCCCAUCUCUUAUUCCCGUUUUGCUCCUGGAAGUUUGGGGCUUAGUCCCGCCUGACCUUUUUUUUCCACCUUUCUCUUUCCUUCCCUUUAUUCCGGACCCUCAUGUUUUCCCAACCCAUGGCCUGUCCACCCAUCAGAUCCUGACAGCGCUGGAACGUGAUGCCGCCUGCCGAAAACACAAAUUGAGGCUGAAGCUUGAACAAGUCAUCACUCUCGUUUCUGGAAAUAGCUGAGAGUGAUGGGGGGGGGAGGGAGAGUGGGCAGGGGGGGCACGCAUCCAGGAUAGACGUAUCAGAAAAAAGGACUCUACCUCCAGCCUUGACUUGUGGCCCCCCAAGGGUGACAGACUUGACAUUUUUAACCUCCCUGUCAACAAGAGACGUGUGACCUCUUGCCCUGUAAGGCUGAAAUCCUGGGGUUUCAGAAAGAGGCUGUGGUGCCCACCCCCUCCCUACCUUCAGCCUGGAAGCAAUAACCAGCACCCUUUCCUCAGCAUCUGAAUUGGGAGGAGCAACUCAGAGUGAACAAUAAGGUUGGGGUGCAGCCAGAUAAUGCCCCCCUCAAGCUGGCAGCUAAAUGGAGACCCCUCACCCCAAAUGUUUGUGGACCCUCCCCUUAAUCAUCCAGACCAUUCCCUAGCCCCCCACUCCUUGUUGGUAGCUGGUGGAAUUUGCCCUUGUUCUGUUUUCUUUUGGUAACCAUGGCAAUCAGAUAUUUUUAAUCCUUACCUGACAAACCCCCCACCCUCUCACCCCCACCCCACCUGUUGUGCCCUCUCCGGGUGCAGUGCCUUACUCAUUAAUUUAUUAUUGCAUCUUGUUAAGAUUAUUGGCUGUAAAUGAUUCCAUUCCCUGGGUGUAGAGAUUUCAGUGUAAAAAGUCCUCCAUUCCUCCCUGCCCCAUCCGCAUCCUUCGAGUCUGUGUAAAUAUUUGCACUGCAGCCUGGAGGGAAUCGGUCCCCCACUCCUCCCCAAAAAUAAAAGAAAACUACACUUUUAAAUCCCCCACUGGGGUUAAGGAGCUGGGGUGGGGGAAAUAUCCCUGCAGCUGCAUGGGCUUUUUAUUGGUUCAUUUUAUAAUUAAUUUUUCUUUUGCUAAAUAAAAGCGUGGAAAAAUG